CGCGGUCGCGAGCGCAGCAUCACACAAAUCGAGCUUUUUAUAUUUAUAGUUUUAAAGACGAGCUUUUUAUAUUCUUAAUUUUUGAAUCGAACAUUUUUAGUUUAACGUUUUGUUUUGUUUUCUUUGUAGUGUCGAACUUAAGUGCCUUCAAAAAUGACCGUGAACAAAAACACGAAAACUAGUAAAAAGAAAAAUCAAGCUUCAACUAGUACCAGCACUAGCCAGCAAGCUUCAAGCUCUAGCACUACUCAGCACCAGCAAAAGUCUUCCACGAAAAAAAUUGUGUCUUCCAGUACAAGUAAGUCAGGAACAAGUGGUGUAGUUUCAAAAUCGUCCUCAGCUUCUAGCUUAAAAAUUUCCGAUGUUUCACAUUUACCUGUUAGUGGAAAUGUUGUAACUUACACAGUGACUGAAAUGUUACCUACAGGAAGCGGUGAAAAAAUCACCGUUUACGGCGAUAGUGGUGCCACUUCAACAGAAUAUAGACAUUUUGUUACCCAAGACUCGACAGCUUCAACAUCUCACAAUGCAACAUCAAUUCAACAAAUAAGUUCAACUUUGAAUGAAUCAACAUCAAAUUUAUCAACAGCAUCUGGCUCCACCUACACAGUUACAGAACCUAGAGAAGAACUGAAACUCACAUAUAACAAAAAUGAUUCCGGCUGGAAUGGAAAAUUUAUUGUAGAAGAACCACAAACACCAAAAGGUAAAAAGAAACUAACAACUGUUGAGCAGAGCUCCACUUCUACAAGUCACCAAGAAAGUUCUUCUUUAGCCAAAAGCUCUUCUAGCAGCUAUGUUAUCGAAAUUGUUGACGGAAAAGAAAAAAUUAUCGACCAAAAACACCACGAGUCAGCUAAAGCUCAAUCUUCAUCCAACGACGAAUAUCUAUCAUCAAAAACAGGCACUAACAUCACCCCAGAAGUGCAUUUCAAACAAACAGCAAAAGAUAGUGCCACUAGUUACGACACAGCUAUUCCUGAACUCAAACAACCUAAAGGUUUCACAUCUGAAGCUCACAGAGAAGUGCAUCAAGUAGGCGAUAAUGUAACUUCGACUCAAAGCAAAACUCAUGAAAAUGUGCCAACUUUAUCGUUAAAUCAUGAUACUACCAAGCAUUCUUUAAAAGACAAAACCAAAGCUUUUAUCAACAGCGAAAAAGUUGAUACUAAUUCUAAGGUGUUGACUGAUAAAACUAGUAAAUCGACAGAUCGAAAACAAUCUUCAACGCAAAGCUCAAGCCAAAACAUCGAAACUUCACAGAACUUAGGCGAGACUGAAACUGUAACCACAACUUUCACUUAUUACGACUCGAAAGGCAAUGUGCUCAAAACACUUACUGAUGUUGACACUCAUGCCAUUCCUGGAUCUUCUAGCGAAGUCAUUACUUCUUCCAAACAGGAUGAUUCCAAAAGGACUACUUAUUAUGUAGAUGACAGCAGAACUAGAACGUCCGAUUCAAAAAACUAUAGUGUAGAUACUGGAUACUCUGGAUCUACAAGUGAGAUAAUCACUUCUUCUAAUAUAGAUGACAGCUAUGUUGACAAAAUUAAAACAUCAAGUGACAUUAAACAAGAUAACUCCAAAAGAACAACUUAUUAUGUAGAUGACAAUCGAGUAGACACUGAUAAAAUCCGAUCAUCUCAAACUACGACUGAUUCAAAAAACUUCUACGGUCAUCGUAUGGAUACCAGUGACACUCUAGUUUCGAAUGUCUAUGACUCAAAGGCUGUGCAAAAUACUAUUGGUAGUAGUGGAACAGUGAUUAUGGAUCGUACGAUGGAUUCAAAAGAUAUUAUUUAUUCAAAUGAGCGUAAUUAUGGGAAAUCUGGAUGGAAUGGACAGUUUACUUAUGAAACUUCUCAAAGAAAGCAGUCACCCACAAGGAAAUCUGAUAAAUCUCCUGCGAGACGAGGACCUAUCGACACGUCUACUCCAGUUAAAAAGACUACUAGAGGUCCAUCUCCUUCAGAUCGGAAAACACCAAGAGGUCCAACCGAACAAUCUCCUACUAGAAGAACUGAAAGGGGUCCAUCUCCUUCAAAAGGGCCAUCACCAAGAGGUCCAUCAGACCAUUCUCCUAGCAGAAACAUUCCAGAACCAACCUCAUCUACUUAUUACGUAGACGAAAGUCACGUAGAUACUAACAAAGUGAGACAAUCUCAGACCACCACUGAUUCCAGAAAUUUUUACGGUCACACUGUAGAUUCCAAAAAUACACUAGUUAGCAAUGUGUAUGAUUCAACAGCCACACAAAACACUAUUGGAACGUCUGGCAAAAUAUUCAAAGACCACAUGACUGAUUCUACCGAUGUGGUUUAUUCGAACGAUAGACUUUAUGGUAAGAGCGGUUGGAAUGGCAAGUUCGUUCAUGAACCCAAAGAUGGUCCUAGAACUGGUUCACCUUCCAGAAAACCUAAAAGACCUGAUGAAUCACCUAGUAGACGUCCUGAUGAGUCUCCUAGUAGAAAACCAUCUACAAAACGUCCAAGUGAAUCUCCAUCCAGACGUCCCAAAUCUAAAGGUCCUACUACAGAUUUUCUAUCAACUGAAAUCCAAGAGAACAUCAAUCAAUUCACUGACAUCAAGCUUAGUGACACAACAACCAUUAUAAAAGAUUCAAAAACUUUUAUCGACAACAAAUUCACUGACAUCAAUGAAACUUUUAUUGUUGUUGAUGGACGCAAAGUUCCUAAAGAUUCAUAUCCACGUGACAAAUUGACUGAUUCAAAAACUGUUGUUGAAACUUUUGAAACAGUUUCGAAAUCUUCUGACACGAAAACAUCAGUGACCAAAGACUCGAAAACUUUCGAAGAUCAUCAGAGUACCAAGGAGCAUUACAGUACACAUGAUACUUGGGAUAGUUCAAAACCCAAAGGACCCAAGAAGCCAUUGGAUUCAAUUAGUAAACAUACAACUAUUGUUGAUGAUAAGAAUAUCAUCGAUAAAACUGAUGUUAAAUUCAUCACAGAUAUAAAAUCUGAUAAAAUCGUGAAGGACGUGAAGACCUUUGAUUCAGUGGAUCGUGUGGACAAGACCUUUAUUCAAGAGAAUAUCGUCGACAUCAAGGAUAUUGUAAGUUGUGAAUGUUGAAUUGUCAUUGUUAUUUAUAUGGUUGUUUUCUUUUCAGACCGAAGUCGAAAACAUAACAAAUAUAAAGAAGGUCACGGAUAAUAAGGUCAUAAACAUCGUGAAAACUAUAAAAGAAAAGCCGGAACCUGCGAAAAUCAGGGUACCGAACAAGGAACAGUGCAUCUGUGAAUUGUGUACUUGCGGGUAAGUUUGUUUGUAUAUGUGAUUUCUCUUCCAACAGAUUUCUAUCUUAUUUUCCAAUGUAACUUUUUAGGCUUUCUGAAUAUUAAUUAGGUAUAUUUUCUGAAUGCAUUUCGUUUUUUUUUGUUCGCCCACUGGCUGUCCAAUGUAAUAAAAUAUCAAUUUUACUCGGGUACCUAUUUUAGUACCACUUAAACAAUCUGUAUUGAAACAUUUCGCAUAAAACUAAAUUGGUAAAUAGAUAUGAGAUCAUCGACAGAAAUACAUCCUUAUUUGCCAAUUUAAUAAGAAAAAGAGACAAGGCGCAGGUAUUCAUGAGACAAGAACUCGUUUUGUGACUUGGUCGUACCGUUUUCUUAUUCAGGAGUUUAUAUACAGUCAGGGCGUUUUAACGGUAAAUAUUUGAAACUCAAUGAAGAUGAUUUUAUUCUUAGAAGGCUAAAAAUAAUAAUGAAUUUUAUUUGGAAAUAUUUCCAAAUGCAUCGUUUGCCCCACGUGUCUAUAAGCUAUUUUUAAAAGUUCAUCGGAAAUUUCAAAUUGAGUUUUAAUGACCUCAUACUCAAAGUUUUUAUAAAACAUUCAUCGUUAUCGCAAACUGGCUUAAUAAAGUUGACCCUAGAGUGAAUGAUUUAUUCAUUUUUUCAUUAGGUUAUUGACAAAAUAUCGAUUUGCAACAAAAAAAAAAGUAUUAUCGAACAUACAGGAUAUGAUGUGUGCCUUUACCUGUACACUCAUUAUAUAAAUAUAAGAUCAUUUUAAAUCUAUUAUGAGAUAAAUUUUUCAAAUAUUUACUAGUCGAGUUGAAUAUUUUCUCACUUUGCCAAGGCCUGAAUAGUUUACCAGAGAUGCUAUAAUUGACCUUUAUAUAAAUCUAGACUAAACGGCGUUUCGUCACUAUAAUAUUUUAUUAAUGUUAGGAACGAUUUUGCUAGUAAGUAGGUGAAUAUUUAACAAUGAAUGUGAAUGUGAAUCAAGCUCUACUAAGAACAGUUAUUUUUCCCAAACAUUCCAUAACAGGCAGUCGAAUUUACGUUGAAAAACUCUCACAAAUCAAACUUAUAAGGAGAGCUUAAAAAUAAAUCAUUACUAUUGUCAAGAUAUGAAAAUAUCUAUAGUGGUAUCACGUUCCAAUGUGAUUUUAAUACAUGGUACGUGACACCAUCAAAUAAAACGAUUUUUUUUAAAUGAUAAUAUUCCCUGUUUCUGCUUUAUUUUGGCCCUAUAGAUUUAUCUAGCUAUUCGAAAAAUGAAGCUUUAAGUACCUUCUUUUACGACAGGUUGAUAAGAGUUUCUUAUCCUGCUGUUUUCUCCAAUGUUGGACAAAUCCAAUCUAAAUGAGUUUUAUCCCACUAAUAGGGUUCCAUUAUGAGCUUCAUUAUAGCACUCAGUGUCAUUAUGAAUUCGUAGAAAUGUUUCUGUGACAGGUUUAAUGAUAGCAUCAGAGGAUAGCAUACACAAGCAAAUUUUUGUUAAUCAGCCUCGUCCAAGCUCCUGCAAGUCACAAUAUUAUUCUAACUUUGAUAAAUAAAAACAUAUCUUAAACAUUGUCACAAUGUUGCUGAAAAAUUGAUAGUCAUAUUUCACGUUUUAGCGACGUUAAAAUGACUAAAAAUUAUUAAGCUAUUUAGAUUUCAGUAAAGUUGCGACUAUCUUGUCGAUGAAACUAUACAUUUGCCAUUAGAAAACUUUUAAAUCUCGUAUCUCGGACCAUUGUAACAAAUUCUGAUUAAUAUUUUGAUGCAAAUCUGUAGAUUUUGAGCUGAUCUACAAUUGUAAAUUAACAAAAACUCGCUGGCCUAAUUCGUUAAGAAGUUAUGACUGUUUUAAGAAGAAUGAAAACUAAAAUCUUACAUUUGCCAUUUUAAAGUUUCAAACCUCGUAUCUUAGACCAUAGCACAAAUUCUAAUUCAUAUUUUUCUGCAAAUCUGUAGAUUUUGAACUGUUCUGAUUAUUUUAAAGAGAGUCAAGACUUAAAUCUUUCAUUUGCCAUUAAAAAACUUUCUAACCUCGUAUUUCAGACCAUAACAACUAAUUAUUACUAAUGUUUUGAUGCAAAUCUGUAGAUUUUGAGCUGAUCUACAAUUAUGAAUUAACAAAAACUCGCUGGCUUGAUUCGCUUAGAAGUUAUGACCAUUGACAGGUCUGCAGCCUGGGUUGUACAUAAUUAAUACAACAGCUCAACUUUAAUAGUUAUUUUUGUUUUACUAGGCAGAAAAUUACAAGAUUUAAUGCCGCGGCUGGUGUUUCAUAGCCGAGGCUAGGAAACCAGCGGAGGUAUUAAAUCUGCUUUUCUGCCAUGUAAAAGAUAUAAUUUUUUCUCCGAAUGCUCAAAUUCUACACAUGGACAUCUUUUUUAUAUUUAUUUCAUUCAUUAUUAGAUAUUAUCCAAAUAAUUAAAUUAUUUUGACAAUUAUCAUUGUCACCAUCAAUUUCAAAUACCAAAUUGAGUAAAAUUAUUACCUGAAACGUUGUGAUACUGUCACUUUUAAUCCCUUGGCAGUAAAAGUCCACUUUUACUGCCUAGGCAGUAAAAAUACAACUUUUGAUCCUGUCAAGUGUCAUUCAAAGGCAGCUUUUACUGUCAUUCGGAGAAAAACUAUAUUUUGAACCAUAUAUGUAAUUUUCACAUUUCUUACUGGUUUGAAGGUUCGAAAAUGUCAUUUUACUUUUGUUUACUUUAAAGCAGGCCGAAAGUGACAGUCCUCCUGUCACUUUCGGCCUGGAGAAGUCACUUUCGGCCUGCUAAAUUGUUCUUUCGCACCUUCACAAAUCCAGGUGCAAUAAUAUGUUUCUAUUUAGAAGUAGAUGUCACAUGUGUUUGUAUUGUUGAAAUUCCAUAAGAUGUCAAUGUCGGUAUCAGAAUGUCAGUUGAAAUUCCAUUUUUGUCAUACUUUUACCUUAUUUUUUUUUCAAUAAUUGAUGGUUCAAAAUAAAAUAGUAUAGGUACAUAUUUCGGUGGAAACUUUUCACAUAUAUUUUCUCGAGAAUUGGUUGACCUCGGUGCUUCGCAGCUCGGUCAACCAUAGUAUCUCUCGACAAUAAUGAAACACUUUCCACCUCCUCAUGUAAUAUACUAUUACUAUCACUGAAUUAGUCAACUGUCAGUUACGACAUUACUUUUUCCACCUGGCCAACAAUGGCACCCAAAACAUAUAAACCUACAAAAAUAAAAGUAACUAAUCAAUGUCUAAAACAACUAUUCACUUUCGCAGUUCUAGCGAAACGCAACAACACAGACACAAUACACCACACUCCUCCCCCUGGAUAUUUUUACGAAGCAUACUCUUCUAGGGAUUUGGGGGGCCGCCUGACUCUCAUAGACGGUGGCGUAUGAACAAUUGGCACCCUCACAUCAGAGAUUUCUGGUUCCAUCUGUGGUAAAGUCUCUGUAGUUAACUCUCCUGAGAACUCGCCAUUACAUAAGUCUGAUUUCAACCCAUCCGAAACUCGGGAACGGAUUUGGUCAGAAUGUCUUCGCAUGAUUUUUCCUUCCGUUGUUUGGCCUUGUAGCUCAGCGGACCUGCUGUUUCAAUAAUCGUUGAUGGCAACCAUUUCUGACCCGUUGCAAAUGAUCCUACAUAGACUGGAUUAUUAUCAUUGAAAAACCUGGUCUUUUUCCCUUGUUCUGUAUGUUGCUUGUGUUCUUGUUUAGUCAUUAUCUCCCUACGAAAAUCUGGUUGUAAUUUAUCAAGUAGAAUAGAUAAUCUACGGCCCAUUAGUAUUUCUGCUGGAGAUCUACCUGUUAAACUAUGCGGAGUUAUGAGUUGGUUCAAUAAAUAUCGGAAUAGGGCCAGUUGUACAUUGGUACCAGUCAUUGCAAUUUUAACAUUCUGCACCAUCCUUUCUGCCUGACCAUUACUACUGGGAUGGUAAGAUGCUACUAGAGCUUGUCUAAUUUGUUUUUUUUAAGGAAUUCUUGAAAAUCUACAGAAGUAAACGCUGUUCCCAUUAUCCGAAACAACGUUAUCCGGUAUGCCAUGUGUGGCAAAAUAUUCCCGCAGCACUGUAAUCGUCAAUGCACUGGAGGUACUAGGUACUAGCCUUACUUCUAACCCCUUUGAGAAGGCAUCGACCACAAUUAAGAAAAUAUUUCCGUUUAUUGGGCCGGCAAAAUCAAGAUGUAUUCGAAUCCACGGGCCCCAUUCCCAAGGGUGUACUGACGAUUUUUUAGGCAUGUUUCUUGACUCUUGACACUCAGCACACCUAUUCACUAAAUCCUCAAUUUGCAUGUCCAUGAUAGGCCACCAGACGUAUGACAGUGCUAGUGCCUUCAUUUUCACUAUGUUAGGAUGAGCAGUGUGAAGUAUUUUGAGAACUCUCUCCCUUCCCCCUGGUGGAAUUAUAACUCUAGUGCCCCACAAUAAGCAAUCCUGAUAGCAGGUUAUUUCAUUUUUCCGUUGCAAAAAAGGUGUAUACUCUGGCGUAAAUCCCUUCUGGUUUUCUGGCCAACCUUUCCAUGCCCACUGUAAAACUCUUGACAAAACUGGAUCUUUCCUAGUUUCUAGGGCAGUGUCUUUAGCGCAGGAAAAAAUUUCUGGGAUGUUUUCUAGCAUCAGGACCUCAUCUGCCGCUGGGCGUCUGGAGUAUUAAUAUUUAAAGGUAGUAUGCUCAGAGCAUCUGCAUUUCGAAUCUUGGAACCUGGCACAUAAACUUAUUCUCGCUGUGCUCCUAUCAUCAUUUGGCUGACUCAACAUACGGCUCACGCCAUAGGGACUGGCAUGGCGUCACAUGUUAAAAUGUGGUCUUCUUAUCUGUAUAAUGUGUUAAAACUGGCCACUGCCAUUGCGAUUCUUUCCUCAGAAGGCAAUGCAAUGGGUUUGCUAUAGUUGCUCUUUAAGGAAAACAUGAUAAAAAUUAAAAAGUCCAAGGAAAGCCUGUAGCUCAGUCUUAUUCUUAGAGGCCGGGGCAUUAGCUAUCGCCUGGAUUUUCUUUUUAGUGGGCCGAAUACCAUCUCCACUUAUUCGAUAUCCUAGAAAAUCUAUUGACUUGGUAUUAAACACCCAUUUGUCUUUGCGUAAAUUAAGUCCAUCUUCCCUAAAACGUGAAAGCACUGCGCGCACUUUACUAUCUAAGGGCAGGUAUUAUAAAACUGCUUUGACAGUUAACUUGAAGUUAACUUUUUGAAUUACAUGUAAUUCCAGAAGUUAACUUUAAGUUAACUCUCAAAGUAGUUUUAUAAUACCCGCCCUAAAUCAGCUUCUGAUUGUCCGACAACUAGUAUAUCGUCAUAAUAUGGCAGCACACCUGGAAUUCCUGCUAGUCGCAUGUCUAUGAAACGUUGGAAAAUUUGUGGGACUACUGAGAUACCAAACUGUGAACGAUUACAUUUAAAUGCACCUUUGUGGGUAAUUAUCGUCUGUGCUUUGGCAGAUUCAUGAUCGACGCUCAACUGUAAAUAGGCCUGUGCCAUGUCCAAUUUAGAAUAGUUAUUUACCUAACAAAUGCGGAAAGUGAUACUUUACCGCACGCAACGGCAGUUGACCGAACGACGCGGAGCGGAGUUCGGUCAAGCUGUUAAGGGCGGUAAAGGCACUUUCCGCAUGUGUUAGGUACAAAAUUUUACCUAUGAGCAUCUACAUCUCUAAAAAAAGGCAUUGAUAAAAUUAAUUAUUGAAUCAGAUUAAUUAAUGAAAUUAGAUUAGAUAUAGAAAUGAUCAAAAAUCCAUUUUCUGAAAAAGAGAGGAUUUCUGAUUUAAAAUAUCAAAUUUUACUUUACCGCACACUAUGCGGUAAAGUGCACUUUACCGCACACUUUGUAGUCCACUUUACCGCAUACUAUGCUGUAAAGUUAACUUUACCACUUUACCGCAUAGUGUGCGGUAAAGUGAUACUUUCCAUUUGCAAAUACGUGCGGUAAAGUGUACUUUACCGUACGCUCGUAGGUAAAAUAUUUUACCUCCUGCUAGCACUGAUAAUAUACUUUGAACAGAGGGCACUGCAUAAGGCUCUGUCUGCAGGGCACGAUUCAAUGUACUACGACAGUCCCCACAAAUUCGAACUUCUCCGUUAUGUUUGCAAAAUACUACUAUUGGAGUACACCAUUUAGCAUAAUUAGUUGGCUCCAGAGCACCUAUUAUUAGUCUAUCUAGUUCCAUAUCAAUUUUUCCUUUAAUGCAAAUGGCAUUUUUCGAGCUUUUAAAAUGAUCGGCUUUAAAUUUGAAUCCAGGAAAAAACUAACUGGAGGUCCCCUGUAGGAUCCUAACCGAGGGGGAAGUCACCCAUAAAAUUUUGUACACUGAAAUUCCUCUGAAUGGAAAUUCCUUGAAAUUCCGUGCAAUUCCUUAUAAUUCCACACAAUUCCCGGCAAAUUGCACACAAUUCCUGGCAAUUCCCUGCAAUUCCUUACAACUCCUGCCAAUUCCUCGCAAUUUCCUCCAAUUCCUUCCAAUUCCUCGCAACUCUUGGACAAAUAAUUUUAUGUUUGAAUAACCUUUUUGCAAUUAAAUAUAGAUUAAUAUGUUUAAAUUAUUUAAUUAUUGUAAUUCUGUUGAAAAGUACAAUGUAUGUCAGGUCGUUUAUCAAUUAUUGGGUACAGGGUGAUCUAUUAUAAAUGUCACCCCCUGCUUACUUUUUCAUUUGACGUUUUUGACUAAUGGCGUUUUCUAUUGGUAGAUUCAGUGCGCACUGAGUGUAUUUGCAUCCUUUUAAUCGACCUGUAGAAGAAACGCCAUAAGUCAGUUUUAGGUAUACAGAGUGCAUCAAAAAUUUGCAGCAGUGUGAAGUUAUAUUUUUUUAAAUUGAACACCCUGUAUAAUCUGCGCUUAUUUGUUAGUUUCCUUUAACCUGAUUUCAACGAUAAAUGGUUUGAUAUGUUUAUCUCUCGGUUUACCUCCAAUAGUUAUAGGGAAAAAUGCGAAAAUUCCUUCCUAGGUCUUUCAUGUUAUUUUUUUAAAAAUAAUAAUAAUAACUUAGACAUCUCGAUUUAUUAUUAUAUAUCACCUUGUAUAUUGAUGAAUGAAAUUUGAACAAUAAACUGUCUAUAAAAAAAAUUCUCUAAGGCUUCAAUGUCAUAAUUUUUCUUUUUUCAAUAUAAAACCUUGAAAGGGGUUUUCAUGUUUUUCCCUAUAACUAUUGAAGAUAGACAUAUCAAACCGUAUAUCGUUGAAAUCAGGUUAAAAGGGACUAACAAAUAAGCGCACAAUAUACAGGGUGUUCCACUUAAAGAAAUUAAACUUCACAUUGCUGCACUUUUUUGGCGCACCCUGUAUGCCUUAAACUGACUUAGUUGAAAACUUUGGACAAAUUCUUGAAACUUUUGUGUUUGACACUAUUGUCAAAAAUGUCAAAUGAAAAAGUUAGAAGGGGGUGACAAUUAUAAUAGAUCACCCUGUACUUAAAUUGAAACAAAAUAAAUUUUAAACUACAUAUAACAUCCGAUUUUGUAAGCAAAUGUUGAUUUUUUGACUUCUGUUCAAUAAGAAUAUUCAUGUGGUUAACUGUUGCUUGAAACUUGCCCAUGGGUAGCUUUAUUGUGGAUUUAAUUUUGUUUUUAUAUCUGUAUAAUGUUGAUAGGGAUUGUAGAAUAUUGUUCAUGUUACUGUGUAAGGUUUCAUAAAGUAGUUUGCCUCCUGAGUAAAACAAAUACAAAGCAAAUUUUUCGAAAUUAUCGUCAUAUUGGUGUCCACUUAGUGCGAUAUCGGACGAUAUCUCCUUACAGGGUGAUGCAAAAAAAAAAAUUGAAUUACAAAGUUGUUUGAUACUCUAAUAGGCAUAAGUUAAAAAUAUUUUUGAAUAUACAGCGUGCUUUGUUUAUGGGUUAUGCAACAGAAUUUUGUUAUUCUGAAUGGAACACCCUGUAUGUGAUUGCAGAUUUGGAUUCUACGUGAAAUUCUGAGCAGAUUUCAUGUAAUAUACACUAUACCUAAGUUCAACUGUUUUGGAAAUAUUGACAGUUGAAAAUUGACUUUUUGUAACUUUGACAGGCUGUAAAACCUAAACGGUUAACUUUAGACGAAAAUUGAUUUUACAUUCCUAUCUUAGAUUUCCAUAAAUUAUCAUUUGACAUCAACUUUGAAUUUAACCGGAGAUUAAAUUUGCCAAAAAUCAAUUUUCAACUGUCAAUAUUUUUAAAACCGUUGAACUUUGGUAUAGAGUAUAUUACAUAAAAUCUGCUCAGAAUUCUACGUAUAAUCCAAAUAUGCAAUGACAUAUAGGGUGUUCCAUUUAAAAAACCAAAGUUUAGUCGCAUACCCCAUAAACGGAGCACCCUGCAUAUUCAAAAAUAUUUUUAACUAAUGCAUAUUAGAGUAUUACGAAGGCGUAGAAGGGACACGUAUAUAUAUUUUUUUAUAUACAAAGUGAUUUCUGCGUUACGUAACGCAGAAAUAACUAUUUCCGCGUUACGUAACACAGAAAUAUGGUUGAGAAAAUAAAAAAUAUAUACGUGUCCCUUCUACGCCUUCGUAGAGUAUCAAAGAACUUUGUAAAUUAAUUUUUUUUUCUUGCAUCACCCUGUAAGAAGAUAUCGUCCGAUAUCGCACUAAGUGAAAACCCUGUAUAUUCUGUGUAUUUUUACUGUUUUUGGUUGCAACAUCUAUGAGAGUUUCGAGGAAUGACACGUUAAUAAAAUGUUUUUACAGUGUUGUUAAGUUUUUGUGUACAACAAUUUUUGAUGAUACCUCAAAUUCCUUAAAUAAGCUGCCCUUCAACGGAAAAGCAAGUCUGGUCUGGUUUUGAGGUUAGAGUUCAUGAAAAAUGACUAGCGAUGCAACGUUGCCAGACUUUGGCAAACUAAGAGAGCAAGGGAACGGGGUUUAAGCACUUUGAGAUGAAUGUAUGUACCUAUAAAAGUGUAUCCGAGAGUGUAUCACUGUAUUUUGAGCAUAAGCUAAAUCUUUAAUUACACAAUAGAUGUAUCACUGGUGUAGAAUUGAACGAGGAUUAAAAAAAAAAUCUUCAUUUUAUGAACACAAUGUGUGAUAAAUACCAAAGCAAAGUAUUUUUUUGGCUUACAUAUAAAGUAUAUAAUCAUGGCUUUCGGUAUUCUGUCUGGAACAGUUAUAAAAUGAUACCCAGGUACUUUACCUUUUUAUGCUGGACAACGUUUGGCAACACUGAACAUUUUUUCUAGGUUCAAAGUGAUAAAAAUUCAACGCAAACCCUUGAAAUUCCUCGAAAUUCCUUGAAAUUCCUCGCAACUCCUAGAAAAUCCUCGCAAUUCCUCGAAAUUCCUAGCAACUCCUCAAAGUUCCUUGCAAUUUUUUGAAAUUCUUCGCAAUUCUUUGCGCGUGUACACUAAAAUUCCUAGGUGAUUUCCCUCUCGAUCCUAACUUUUCAGCGAAUACUUCAGGGUAUUCCUGGACAUAGUUGGACAAAGAAUAAAUUUGACUCACCUCUAUGAUGGAUAAAACCAAACCUUCAAACCAAUUUCGGCCAAGCAAUCUUGCUCGGUUUUCCUGGGUAAUUAUGAGGGGUAGCCUGGCUUCCUGUCCUAGUUUAACAGUUACUAAACACUCAACCCUCGUAGGAAUAGUCCCGUAGAAUAAUAUUGGUGGAUUUUAUCAACGGAGGAUUGUCGUCCAAAAUUCUUUUGGAAGCUUCUUAACCGACCACAGAGUACCCGGCUCCCGAAUCUACUUCCAUACAAAUUUUAGUCCCAUUUACCGUAACUUCGGCUAAGUACCUACUUGCCAGAAAAAUUGUCACAACUCACAUUACUUAAUGUAAACCCAUAGUUCGCACCGUUAGAGUCAAACACUUUCCGAAUCAUUUUUCUGCUGCCUGAACCUCAUGUACUUCGCUGGUCGGGUUCGUUUCAGUUUCUUUCAACAUCGCCAGGCUCUGUGCAGCGACCUCGUCAGCAAGACACAUAUCUUUAGUUUUCUUGAAUCUCAACUUAUCUUCUGCCAGCAGUUUCCUUUGCAGCAUUUCGUCGGUAACUCCGCAUACGAUUCGGUCACGCAACAUAGUCUCUAAACUGGUGUCGAAGCCACACGAUUCUGCCAGAUGCCGUAAUUCUUUCAAAUAUAUUGAAAAUGACUCCCCAUUAAGUUGAUCUCGACGAUAAAACUUGAAACGGUUUACAGUUUCCGAUGUACGUGGCGUAAAAUGCUCCGACAAUAUCUUGAUAAUGUCCUUGUAUGUUUUUCCUGACACCCUAUCCGACACAAGCAAAUACCUCAGGAUUUCGAAAAUGUGAGGUCCACACAAACUAAGGAAAAUUGCUAAUUUCUAAGUUUUAUCAAUAAUAUCGUUGGCCGAAAAAUAGAAAACCAUACGUUUGACGUAGGACUCCCUACCCUUUGGUUCGUUUACGUUGAACUGUUCGAUGUUUCCGUACGAAGCCAUUGUUCGUUGUCACCGUAGGUCUUACUUUAACUUCUGUCCUAUUUUUGGUCACUGGUAUCCCAUUCUCGUCGCCAAAAUGACAGGUCUGCAGCCUGGGACGCCUGGGUUGUAAAUAAUACAACACCUCAACUUUAAACUACUUUACUAACACUGAAUUAGACUCUCGAAUUCCCAAUUAAACCCCUUGACAAUAGUUAUAUCAAAUUUCUUCUCAACUGUCAGUUAUGACAUUACUGUUCCCACCUGGCCAACAAUGGCACCCCAAACAUAUAAACCUACAAAAAUAAAAGUAACUAAUCAAUGUCUAAAACAACUAUUCACUUUCACAGUUCUACCAAAACGCAACAACACAGACACAAUACACCACAACCAUAUAAAAUAAAAUAAAGACGAAAAUCUUACAUUUGCCAUUAGAAAACUUCCAAACCUCGUAUUGCAAAAACUUGCAACAAAUUAUGAUGAAUAUUUUGAUGCACAUCUGUAGAUUUCAAGCUGUAUUGUAAAUUUACAAAAAUUCGCUGGCUUCAUUCGUCUAGAAGUUAUGACUAUGAUGAGAAGAGUGAAGACUUAAAUCUUUCAUUUGCCAUUGGAAAACUUUCAAACCUCGUAUAUCAGAUCAUAGCAACAAAUUCUGAAUAAUAUUUUGAUGCAAAUCUAUAGAUUUCGAGCUCAUAAAUACUGGAAUCUUGCAUUUGCCAUUAGAAAACUUUCAGACCAUUGCAACAUAUUUUGGUGACACCAUCAAUUGAAACAAUUUAUUUUGACCCUAAAUUUAUCUAGCUAUUCGGAAAAUGAGGCUUCAAGUACCUCCAUUUACGACAGGUCGAUAAGAGCUUCUUAUCCUGCUGAUUUCUCUAAUGUGGGAUAAAACUAAUCUAAAUGAGUUUCAUCACACUAAUAGAAUUUCAUUAUCAGCUUCAAUAUAGCUCUCAGUGUCAUUAUGAAUUCGUGGAAAUGCUUUUGUGACAGGUAUAGAUACUGAUAUAACACUCAUUCAGAAUCAGCCUCAGCCAACCUCCUACAAGUCACAAUAAUAUUGUUAGUUUGGUCAGUAAACACUGUAUCAUCCAUGAAGAACGCAUUUUAAACGUUGUUACAACGUUGCUGAGAAAUUGCUAGUCAUAUUUCACAUUAUACAGCAUGACUGCAUGAUUUCAUUGAAGUUACAACGACGUUGUCGAUAAAACUAUUAGUCAUAAUAGUCAUUAUACUUCCAGCUACUCAAGUGGUUCAAAAUCCACUCCACUUUUUGAAGAUAAUCAUAACAAUAAUGUUAUUCAUGCUAACAAAAAAUCUCUUGAUCUAAUAAAGAAUGUUUUAAAUGAAAAUAACCUAUCACGUCAUGACAUUUUUAUACAAUCACCGGCGCGACCACAUAAGAUGUAUUGGUUCAUUUAAGUCGGUUGCGAAACAACUUUUAUAGUCGCUAAUUGAAUAAAUAAACACGACUCGGACUUUCUGAUUAGACUCCAGAUCACGCCUUAAUAGAAAAUGAUAGCCAUAAUAAUGUGCAGCUUGUAAAUUUUGAUUCUGUUUUGUUACCAAUUUCUAUAAUGAAUAAUUGAGAUUCUAUUUUUAAAAAUUUGUAAUUACAUAAUUAUUUGCCUAUUUAUGUCUGUCAUGGAAAUAGUUUGUUUAUAUUUGGAAGAUUUUUUGGCACAGUGUUAUUAUUUGGAACAGUUUUAAUGAUAAAGGUUGAUAACCUUGACUUAUUAAAGGAUUUAUGUAUUUGCAUUGAUAAAAUGCCUCAAAAAAAGCAGCAGUAGCAAAGUCAAAUUAACAAUAAUUAUAAUGAUACAAAUAUUCAAAUAAUUGUAUAAAUGGUUAGUUUUAAAAAAAAAACAGCUUCAUUUGGCUGGAUAAUGAUAACAUUAAAUGUAGAAGAUUGAAUGAUGAUAAAAAGUGAAUCAGGAGUUUACUAUUUAAAAUGCAAUAAUAGGUGCAUUAUAUCUUCGUUUAAUGAUGAUAAAUUAGUAUGUAUUUUUCUUUAUUAAUCAUGCCUCAUAUCGAAAAUAAUUAGCAAUAAACUACAGUACAGGGGUUUAUUCAGUAGUUUUUUACUAGGUGUUGUUCUGGUUCUGGUUCUAGUUAAUUAAGUAGGUAGUAAAUAUUUUUUGAAAAUGUUUUUGAAGCAAAUUUGGGUAUAUUAUUGGUUAACUGAUAUAAGGAACAUAAAUUGAAACAAAUAGCGAUACAGAUGAUUUCGUAGAUGUACUAAAUUCUUGAGGCAACCUAUCAGAAAUUAAGGUCACUACAAAAACAGGUAAAGUACAGGUAAAACAAUAAUAUGUGUGGAAAAACUUAGUGAAUUUCCAUAUCCUACACAUUAAUAUAUCCAACACACCUCAAUUUAGGUGUAUUAACAAAUUCACAUGCUUCGCUUAAUACAGUUUAAAUUGCCAUACAGUAUAAUACGAUUUCUUUUCAUAGUACCAUCCAUAGUCAAUAGUAAAGCUUAGAUACCGAGUUAAAUACCGAAGAAUUCCCUUAGCUACUUUUUUCAUGCACAUGGAGUGCAAGUGGGUUUAUCCAAAAAUCGAGACAAAUAAGCAACAAAUCAGGUAGGUCUGGUCACUAAAGAUAGAUACAUACCAAUCUUCGAUAUGGAACAUUAUCUUGUAGUGUAGCAUUUAUAGCCAUUUGAAAAUUGACUUCCAUUGAAGUGGCAAAUGACCGAGUUUCGUCCAUUCUAAUGUGAAUAACAUUUUUACUCCUCAUCACAUCCAUUCCAAGAAAUGUUUUCACUUCAUACAUUGAUUUGACUUUGAAUUCCCGAAACAAGUAUAUUGUGAUCUUCGAAAAUUUAAACUUGUCAUGGCUUGAUUAAACUUCAUGUUCCAACAUUUGGGCGCAUUCCUUCAGGUGCUUUAAGGUACACAUAAUUUUCUAGGAAUCCAUUUAGAAAUGCAGUAGGAACAUCAACCAUUCUGUAAAAACACUGAUAUAAGUAGUCUUAUUGUAGCUAAUCUAUACACUGGGGUAUAAAUGAAUUCAUCACUUUCAUUAUAUGAUACUUGGAAACCUCUUGCCACCAAUCUUGCUUUUUUUGUACCAUCUUCUUUUAUUUCAAAAUUCCACUUCGUGUCUAUAGCUGUUUGACAUUCAGGAAGUUCUGCUGGAAUCCAAGUUUUAGAGUUUUCCUGAGAUUUAAUUUCUUUCUCUAUGGCUUCUCUCCAUUCUGCAGUUUUACAGGCUUCUGCAUAACUCUUGGGCGCAUCUGGAUUUGCUGUGAGCAAACAAUAGGCACUUCCAUGUCUUGCUAUAUAGUCGUUUUAUUCCAUAACAUAUGUUUUCCUUUCGCAUCACUACUCGAAUUUCCAUUGCAUCCUUGUAUAUUAUUGGUCUUUUGAACAGGUCUCUCUUCUUGUAUCUCUUCACUAUAAUUUUCUCCUUAUCUCUUCUCCCUCUUCUCUUUCUUCCUCUUUAUCAGGUAAGUAGUUUGGCUGUUUUCCUUUUUCCUUUGGCCCACUUUCUAUCCCUAUCUUCUUAUGGCUUUUCUUGUACUCCAUCAAAUCUUACGUUUCUGGAUCCCACUAUUUUCUGCUCAUUUAGUAACCACAAUCUGUAGCCACCACCACAAUAUCCCACUAUACCAGCCUGCUUUGCCUUAGCAUCUAACUUAUUACCUUUUGGUAGAAUUGUAAACCAGGCUCGACACCCAAAAAUCUUGAGCUUACUCAGAUCAUUUCGUCCAUGACAAAUUGUCGAGGGUGUUACUCCCCUAGGUAAAGCUCUAGUUGGAAUUCUAUUUAGUCACACAGAACAUUUUAGCGCCUCAUCCCAUGGAAUAUCCGAAUCUAUAAUCUUGGUUCUUAUUUUAUCCAAUAGAGUUCUAUUCAAUCGUUCAGCUUUUCCAUUCUCUUGGGGGUAUAUGGCAUGGUAUACUCCAAAGUCAUACCAUUCUUCUUACAAAAAUUCCUAAAACUACUCGACACAAAUUCUAGUCCAUUAUCUUGUCUAAAUGCUUUAUCCUUAACCUGCUGCUGUAUUUCAAGGUCUUUUACAUAUUGAAUUAGUUUUUAAUAUUUUUAUCACUAAAACAUGUGAAAAGUCAUAUAAUAUAGUUUGGAAGUAGGUACCAUGUAUAGUAGCUGGAUUGAUUGGUUUGCAAACAUCACUAUGUACCAGAUCUCCCAUAAGAGUCGAGGUUCUCUUAUUCUCAUUAAAUGGACACCUUGUUGCCUUUCCUUCCAGAUAACUGCUGACUGUUGCAUAUUCUAUCAGAUUUUGAUAAACCUAGUUACAUGAGUGCGUCAUGAUCUGCAUGACUCAAUCCUCUAUGCCAUGAGUCCUUAUCAAUUGAAAUAUGGCACUGGUAAGCAAGGGGUUCAAUUAUUCUGUCCACUGCUAACAUAGGAGUCCCUUUUUAACUUCACACUGUAACGAAAAAAAUUUCUUCCACUUAUGGUCGUUCUACUUCUUUCCACAAUAAUCUUAUGCCCUAUUGAGGUCAGUUUUGAGGCGGAAAGUAAAUUGUGUUUCAUUUUUGGCACAAUUAAUGCUUAAAUUGAGAGUGUGGUACCUUGGCAUUGUGCUUUUAGGGUUCCAAUCUUAUUGGAUUUAAGAAUUUCUCUAUUUGUUAUAUGUAUUGGUACAUAGUUUGGUAGCACCUUUAUGUCAAAUAUUUUGGCUUCUAGACUUUCCUCCACAAAGUGAUUACUCGCACCUGAGUCCAAUAUACAAAACUCAAUUUGCCGUUAAUUUCACUGCAAUAGUUUGCAGCAUAUAGCAUCACGUCUUCUUCAGCUGUGUUUGCCUGAUACUUUCUUUCUUCAUUCUCCUUCUAUUUUUCAUGAGGGCGUCCUCUGUAAUUACCUCUAAUAGUUGUUUGCACAGAACACUUUAAGGGGGAUUUAACGAUAAUCAACGUAACCUCCCUUCAAAUGGUUGGUGCAAACGGCCAUUAAUCCUCUAUACAUCCCUCUAAAACCCCUGUGAAUUUCUCUGCCUCUAAUAUUUUCCCUUCUUUGUGGAAACUGUGCUUGAAAAUGUUGUGGGCUGCCAGAUACAAAACAUGUUCUGGUAUUUACUUGGGUAUUUACAUUUAGGCCUAAUUCACUAUCCUUAAAACGUCACUACAAAAACAGGUAAAACAAUAAAAUGUGUGGGGUAAAACUAAGUGAAUUUCCAUAUCCUACACAUUAUUAUAUUUAACAUAUAUUUGGUUCAAAAUUGCAUUAAAAACAAAAAAAUGAUCUAAUUUGGCCCCAAAAGAUGGCAAUAUCAUGACAAAAUGUCCAAAAUGAGAGUUGAUUUGCAUUUCAACAUUUUCUACAAUUUUUCAAUUCUUUAUAAUCACCUGAUCAUCUGCGUAAAGCUAAAUAUUACUUUCAUCAAUAUUUAGAGAAAAAUAUAAUAAAAUAAAUAGUUUAAAUUCCUAUUGGUUGCUUUCUCGAUAAAUCACCAAUUGUUCUAAAAUUUAAAGCCAGAUAAAUUACCACCCUGUAGUGUAGAUAAUUAUAUUGCUUUCAAAAAUCUCCUACAUAAAAAGUACCAUAUACAAAUAAUAAUCUUCGAAAGAAGGUUAUCCUCUGCGAAAUUUAUUCUACGAAUACAUGGCCGUAUUUAUUAUUAUGGACUUGAGAGGUCAUCGCUUGUCCUGACCAUUUAUGGACCGCCCAAUGUCGCCUUAAAGUAGUACCGUUGGGUGGUCCAGUAUAGAUGCCCAACCGGUACCUUUAUUGGUUAUGGCCAAAAACCUAAAUUAGGUCAGAUUUUUUCUAAAAUAUAUUAUGUGAAAUUAUGAUAAGAAUGAUAAAGCUUUAAACAUCUGUUUCAAGGAAAAAAUUAGUUUUGUCUAAUAGGGAAUAGAGCUAUGACAAGUUUAAAGAAGACUUUUUAGUAUAAAGAUAUUUCUAAUGCUUCUGGAAUAGAAACUUUCAAAAAAAAUUAAAAGCAUGUCUUCUAAAUUGAUAAUUAUGUAAUGGAUGCACUUUGUCAUUUUCGAGACAUACUUCAAGUAAAUCCACUUCUUGGAAUUUAACAUUGACCAGAACAUGCAUCAGACAUACAUGGUAAUUGAUGUUUAUUUAAGAGCUCAAAUCCAUUAACUGGGUCAUUGGAAAUAAUUAAUUUAUCGGAUGCCGAACACGAGUUUGGUCGCUGCUGUUAGCAUUGUAUGCGUUCGUUUUUGUAUGAAAAACGAUUCAAUAAUUAGUAACGAUGAUUUUGCCUAUAAAUGGCGUUUUCUUUUUUUAACUGUAUCUGCUCUCUUGAGUACUUAAAUUAGCAUUAAAUUGGAUUUGAUAAACACAGUUUUUUAAUUGGCUCGCGCGGAGACACGCUUUGAUAGCCUUCAACAAUAGUAGUAGGUAGCCUUAUUAGAAUAAUUUUGCCAUGUAACAGCAUGAGUGCAUUUCCUGAAAUAUUAAAAAUGGUAUUUGAAUUGUUCAUCUUCUAUCAAUAAUUGUAAAGCCAAAAAGGAAUAUAAAAGUAUAAAAAUUAUAAAUCAACUCAGACUUAGAUCAAACUCUAGCUGGGAAGUCAUGGAUUGAUGUUUUUCUGUUUUAUAGGUUUUAUCAAAUCUUUUCCGUUAUUAUACACAAUAUUUUCCCACAACAUUUCGCUUCUGACACCAAAAUGCCAAGAAUUUCGCGGGUCCACCAACAACGAACAGUUUCGUGAGGUUUCUUUUAAAUAAACAGGUAUUUAUUUAUAGAUAUUGAUUAUACAAUGGAAUUCAGAUAUAGCAAACCGAUUCAAAGUGAAUGAUGAACGGUUAUAACAAACGAUUUUCCAAAUUCCCUUAAAAAUUUCUCACGAGACCAUUGAGUGAACCUCGGAUAUAUAGUGAACCAGUUUUGAUGCACUUUUCGAGUUCACUAUAUCCAGACUUCAAGGCUCAAUUUCAACGCAAUUUUGAAGCUCAUUUAAUCAGCUUUAUUUCGAGGUGCUAUACAAAGUAUUGGCAUUUUUUUCGUUUGGCCAAUCAAGAGCCUGUAAUAAUCAAAAUUAAAAUUAAAGAUUGAACUUCAAAACAACGUAGCUCAAAAACUAUUCGAGACUGAAGCAUUCGAGAGACUCUGCAGGGGCAAAAACGCUACUAAAAAACACUGCGAACGCGUCUGCAAUAUUCUUUGUACCAGAGAACAGGAUAUUAUUGUAAUUUACUUCAGCAGGAAUAUCUGAGUCGUCCUUUUGUUCCUUGAUAUAGGACCAGAAAUGCCUUGGAUUCUCAUCCAGACUCUCUUCUACUCUAUUAAAGUAUUUAGUAUAGGUCAAUUUAAUUGUCUUUUUAAUUAAAGUUCUAAUAUUCCUAUAUUCACUUUGCCAGUAAGAAGAGUUGGUGGAUUUGAACUUUCUAAAAUAGGUUUCCUUUUGUUUUAGUAGUUUUAUGAUUUCCCCAUUAUACCAAACAAGAAAUGUUCGACCAAGUUGUGUUGACAAAGGAACACAUGUAAUAAAUAUGGCUUGCAUAAUAUCAUAGCACUUACUUAGCACCUCAUCAACACAAGUACGUACAUAAAGAGAUUUAAAAUGGAACUAUACAUAAGGUUAAAAUUUGCUUUUGUAUUUGUUAACUGCUUACAUACACAACAUUCAUUAUCAGUCAAAUAUUAUUGCAAACAAUGCAGGGUGAUAUUGAUCAACAGGCAACGGUUGCCUGUUGAUCAGUAUCACCCUGCAUUGAUUGCAAUAAAAGGCACUUCAAUCUAAAUAAUCAUCAUAAAUAAAUAUUUAUAUAAAAAAACUUAAAACAUUCUUUUUGUCUAAAAAAUCACCAAUUCGGAGAUACUUAGGUAUACAGGGUGACAAUUUGAAAAGUAGCAAUCGGCAAUAUCUCUUAGACAAAAAAUACUAUCAGGAAGAUCUCAAAUACGUAUUGUGGGAUUGGAGGGGGAACCAAAAUGAGGGACUUUUUGAGCCUCACCCCUUAGGGGGUAGCUAUCCUAACUUAUUUUUUUUAAAUACAAACCUAUGCCUUGUGUUGCACAUCGUUCGAUAGCUCGCUGCUUUCCCUUUACCGAAAUCUUGAAUCGUACGAACAUUUUUGAAAAAUACAUCAUUUCCAACAGUAUUUUAGAAAGCUUCAAUUGUAUUUCAGAAUAGUCAUUUGUAUUUAAGAAAUGUAUUCCAUUAUUCAUGGGGGAUUUCUUAAAUACAAAUGAGCAAAUGACUAUUCUAAAAUACAAUUGAAGCUUUCUAAAAUACUGUUGGACAUGGUGAAGUAAUUUUGACUAUCUCUAAACAAAAAAAAUCUGCCAUAAAAGUCUCCGAUACACAUCGACCAAAUAAUGUGUUUAUUGUAAUUCUAUCUGCUUCUGCAUGCCUCCAAAGAGAAAUAAAAAACCUUCCAAAGGAGGUCUCACAUGAGGUAGUUUCUCAUUCUACACCGUUUCAACCUCAAUUUCGGAAAAAGUAACUUUUAUUUAGGAAAAUGUAAAUUCAAAUUCGGAAAAAGUAAAUUCAAAUUCGGAAAAAAUACAUUCAAUUACGGAGUAAAUAAUGUUAUUUUUUCAUAGAAUAGGUAUCUUGAAUUGAUUGAGUCCUUUAUCUAUUUAGAAAAUCAAAAAAUUUGUCCAUAUUUCUCAAAGAGACCCGAUUUUUAAACCAUGAAAAAAAAAAAAAAAAUACCAAGUCUACAUACAUAGAGGAUGACAUUAAAAACGAAAUAGGAGAAUCAGAUAUUGAAUUAAUAGAUCCAAAUAAAGAAAUAUGUAUGAAGGAAAAAGAACAUUCGAGUGACAUCAAUUUAUCAAGACAAGAUGUUAUUAGGAAGUUUUAAUGUUAACUUGCAAUGUUACAUUUAAAACCAAAUCAAAUUUGAAACAUCAUUUAAUAACACAUUUGGAUAUUUGUUCUUUCGAAUGUAACACUUACAAAGCGGAAAAAAAAAAUGAGUUACAGCGUCACAUAUCAACACUCUCGGAUAUUUUUGCUUUUAAAUGUGACACUGGUAAGAAAAUAUUUAAAGGAAAAGGUGAUUUGAACGCACACAUAUUAACACACUCGAAUGAGAAGAAUUUUAAAUGCAACAUAUGCAAUGCAAAAUUUGAAGAAAAAUUUAAAUUAGCAAAAUUUAAACAAAAAGGUAAUUUGAAAAGUCACAUAUCAACAGACUUUGAUAGUUAUCUUUUUGAAUGUGACAUUUGCAAAGCAAAAUUCAAAGGAAAAGACUGUUUGAAGAGACACAAACUAACACAUUCUGAUAUUUAUCCUUUUAAAUGUCACACAUGCAAUGCAAAAUUUGAACACAAACGUAGUUUGCCAAGCCCCAUAUUAACACAUUCGGAUGAGGAGAAUUUCAAAUGUAACUUUUGCACUCGGAUAUUUAAUUUUUUUGAAUGGGACAUUUGCAAAUCAAAAUUUAAACGGAAACGCGAUUUGAAGAUACACAAACUAAUACAUUCGGGUAUUUAUCCAUUUGAAUGUGACACUUGCAAGGCAAAAUUUGAAGAAAAAGGAAAUUUACAAAGGCACAUUUCAACACACUCGGAUAUUUUAUCCUUUUGAAUGUGACACUUGCAAAUCAAAAUUUAAACGGAAAGCCAAUUUAAAGAUUCACAAACUAACACAUCCAUUUGAAUGUGACACUUGCAAUGCAAAAUUUAAGCAAAAACAUAAUUUGAAAAGCCACAUAUUAACACACAGAUUGUUUAUUAUUUGAUUCACUUAAUAGUGACAUGUGUUUCGCUCCGGGAUCCUUGAAUUCGGCCACAAAAUUCACCUGUUCCGGAAUAAGGAAAAGGGUGACAAUUUUAUGAUAGUUGGACUCGGCCCAAUCGGUUAUCGGGUAGGUGGAUAUUUUAUGACCCAUCGGCCAUCAGUACCAAUAUGCAAAUCGAUACACUGAGAUAUAGAUAUUAAAUCAACUUAUUUACUUCCUAUAAAUAGCUAAAAUCUCAGGCAUGAUAGAGGAAGAUCCAAAACUUAGGCUUAAGCAUUGAAUAUAAAUAUGUAAGUAUGUUUUGAAACAAGAAAUAUGCGUCUUCCUUAAAAGGCGUAUAUCAUAUACGCUUGUAAAAUUUAAGAAAUUCAAUAUACACCCAUUAGUGAAAUUAACGACGAAUAGUUUCAGUUCAACACAAGUUUGCUUAAUUGUUUCCAGCGAAAUUCCCACUAAUUUAUUCGAAUCGUUAUCUCGUUAAACCUUAAGCUCAAACUAAUCCACUAGUUAUCUCGUAGUCGUAUUCUUGUAAAUUCUUGGUUUCUUGAAUCACUCUAGUGUGAUCGAAUUUCUGAAUAUUAUCACGAACCGAUCGUGCAUUGUCUUUUCCUCACGAAUAUAAUUUCCUAACAUUUCAAAUUUUCACAUAUUGAAAACAUCUAAAAAAGUACCAUGAUUUGAAGGUUCUUACCCGAAAUAGAGGGCUUCAAUCUACAAUAACUGUUUUGGUUUCAUGGAGAAUUUCGUUUUUUUUUUCUAUGUAUGUAUUUGCUGUGAACAGAAUCAAGUAUCAACAAAAAUGUAACUACAAUUACUACAAAUAAACUUGAAAAGACUUCCUGAUUUAAUCUUCUUAGGUUACCUUAUACCCCAUUUUGCUCUAGACUUAAAAAAGAUAACCACAUUAAACAAACAAAGUAGUUAACUUCGCUAAUUAACCAUAAAUUUACUCCAGUUGUUUAACUAAAAGGUGUAUCAUUAUUUGCGUGAAAAUAGUAAUUCGAAUAGGUAAGAUUAUAUCGGUGCGGAAUCAGAUUUCAUUGCUUGACCAAUCAAGUAUGCCAUGGGCAGUAUGGAGUGAAACUUCGUUAAAGCUAUCUUUAUGGCACCAUUAAUAACAGUAUUUUUUUUAUUUUCAUUUAAAUACUAAAACGAGCACAUAAUAAUAUGAGUUUUCUGUGUGAGAUUUCGUAUGUAUUUUUCUUCAUUUACGGAGGAAAACGUAAAGUUACUAAUAAUUAAUUUGAAAUAAAAAUAUCCUUCACAUGGACUGGAGAUGUUUUUUACACUUAAGGCUUUUCCAAAAACGUUUCCUUCAUUUGCCUUGAGAUAACCAUAACAUCAACAAAAACAGCACAGCAACUUGAAAUCUCUUUAUUAUUAAUCCAAAAAAGGUUCAUUAAUUCUAAUUCAAAUGUCAAGAGCAUCUUGUAAAAUUUUACCAGGCUACUGAGCUAUCGCAGAGAAAUGAGGUUAUCAAGUCACAGAAAAAUUCAUGGUUUUCAAUAGUAAAAUGAACAUCAUUAAAAAUAUAACAAUGUCUUGCUGGAGAUGUCUAGUCAUUCAUAUUCCAAUAAGGUCUUACGAACUCUCACAUCAAAUGUAAAUUUGUUUCACUGCUACACAGUUCCUCGAUGUUAUUUCCGUGUAAUUAAAUGGUGAAUUUCGUGACUGGAUUUUCUAUUUAGAACCAGUAAGGGAGUCUGAUUUUUUAGUGUGAAAAUGCAACUCAAAUAACAUCACGCAAAAUUACUAUAAAUGAUUCGAACUCGAACAAGCUUGAAAACAUAAUAUAAAAUCCAAAAAGGUCUCAGAAAAUGGAUGCCAAGGCAGAACAUAUAAAUGUUUUAUCUACAAACUAUACGCUAUAAGUUAUCAAAAAUUGAAAGUCCAAUACUGCAAGUAAUUUUUAAAUCAGACUCAACCCAUUUUACACGUAACAGUUACGGUACACGCAAAUAACUACACGGUGUCACUAUCCUAUUAAUUGGUGCAAACAUGCAUUGCUGAAAUUUUAUAAUUAUUUACAUAUUAUUUAGAUGACUUCGCUUAAAAUUAUUCACACAAUAAAGUUUAGAAACAUUAACAAUUUGAAGAUUCUUUUUUUGUGUAAAAAUGACACUGGGUUCUUUUGUUCCAACCAAGGCCAUGUUCUUAGAAAUAAAAAUCCUAACCAGGUUUCAAGGUCCUAAUACUUCCUAACUAGUUUAACUCGAAAUAUAAUUAUGUAAUAAAAAUUAAUACAUUUUUCAAUUGAAACUAACGACUUUUUAAUAAUACGUUUCAGCUGAAUAAAAAUACUUGUUUUUUUUUGUCAACCACCUACUAUCUACCAUCUAUCAUUACAUAGAGCCAACCUACGUCAGACUGCGCUAGUUAAUGUUGUUUCAAUAACAAUCAAAAGAUCCAUUAUAUGACGUCAGUUAAAUAUUUUUUAAUCCAAUUGAAUUUACUCUAAAAAUCUAGUGGUGAAAAAUUAAUACCUAGAAUCAAUCAGUAUCAUUUUCAGAUGGAAGCCUCUAAAAAUUGAUUGGAAAUUGCACUUCCACAAAGCUUCCUUUAUUGACUCUAAACUUUCGUUAUUAUAUAUCAACACUAAGUUAACGAAGUUAUACUUCAUUUGGGUCUAACACGCAACAUUUCGAUGAGUUUUACGAGGGUCGGUGUUUGUGAAGGAACAACUAAUGGCCUUUUCCGGUAUCUUGAAACAUUUAUCUUUUGAAUUUCAAUAUAGCCUUGUAACAUUCAAUGAUCGAUAUAAAGCGUCCGGAAAAAGACGAUUUUUGUCUAUAACUUUUUUUUAUGUAGAUAAAUUAUGUACUAUAUUUUGGCUGUAGGAAUAUUGAUUAUUUACACCUCAAUCGAUAUCAUAAUAUACAUAGCAAAAUUGAUAUCUUUCGUUGUUUCUAUUGAAUUUGUGGGUAUAUUUGAAUAAACAAUAAUUUAUUCAUAGAUAUUGAUUAUACCUAUUUUUCAGGAAUAAGUUGCAGGGCAAAUUGCCUGUAAUAAUCAAAAUUCAUAUUUAGCUCAAAAACUAUUUGAAAUCGAAGUUCAAUAAUAACGCCAUUUUGAAGCUCAUUCGAUCAACUUUCUUUUGAGAUAUUGCACCUAAUUGAGCCAUCAUUUUUGAUCCACCAAUCAAGACCCAGGGCCUAUAUAACAAUCAAAAGUCGAAUUUCGAAAAGGAGUCUUAGUUUCAGACAGUUUUUGGGUUUCAAAGUUCAAUGAAUAUCAGAGAGUGAAAGACACUGAUUUAUUUAGUAUUCAGGCUUACUAGACUGAUUUUUUUUUCAUAUCAGUACCCUAUACAAAGAGGCAGCAUUGCAUACAUUUCUAGAAAUUUUGAAAGAAAAUACAUUUCAAUACAAAGUUAAAACGCAAAAGACAAAUAAGAUUCCAAUUAUUACAGAAUUAAAGUGCUAUAAAUAUCAAAUUAACAUAAACUGUUCGAUCAUGUUUGGCUACUAUACUGGCAACAUAAAUCUGCCAUAUUUGAACAAAUAAUAACCAUUCAGUGAAUCAAUGCACUGGCUACUAAUUUUGCAAUUCCGCGGGGUACUAUAUUUUAAAAAUUCCUUUUGUUUCCGCACCCACGUAAACACCCACCAUGAAACCCAUAGAAUCCGAACGAAUACGAUGACUAACGUAGUUUAUUUCUCGAUAUUUCUUCUUUUAUAGGUGACAGCUGGAGGCUUUACGUUCCCGUUUAUAAUACAAGAAAGAUAUUUAUGUCUUGCAAAAAAACAUAUAAUGAACUGCAAAACUAGAAGCCAUCUGUCAGUUAAUGUUUGAAAAUUGUGAUAUUAGAACACUUGAUAAAUUCAUAUUUAACAGUAAAAUGAUUCAUUUCUUACAGCAGAUUGAUUUCACUACCUCUUCUUCAAAUGCCUUGUCCUCAACGAACGUUGGCAAUCAUCAGCACUAUCUGUAGAUACAAAGUAUACUUUGACGACUGAUUUUCUGCAUGAAUAGACUUGUCGUGGUUUCUCUCUAGUUGUCUCUAGCCAAGAUAUUUUUCGACUACCAUAGGUCCUCUUCUGCCUUCGUUUUUUCCCUCAAUUAUGAGCUUGAGAAGUAGGUAUUUGUCAUUCCUGAGUAUGUGUCCGAAGUACUCUAACUUCCACUUUUACGCGUAAACAUAACUUCAAGAUCUUUUGACAUUUUCUUCAUUGCGGACUCUGUCCAUCCAAGAUUUUUUUAACAUCCGUCUAUAUGUCCAUAUUUCAGAAGCCUCUGGCUUUUUACACAUGGCGUCUGUCAGAGUCCACGCCUCAAUCCCAUAAUAGAGAAUACUGAAGACGUAUCAACGUAGUACUCAAGUGCGAACAGAGAGCGGAGUGACCUGACUACAGAACACGAACUUCAUUUUUACAAAUGAUGCUCUGGCUUGUUCAAUCCUAGCACGAACCUUCUGCAUGUUAUCCAUUGGAUCCAUAUGAUUGGAUCAGAUCGAUCUAUUGGCUUGUACCUGAAGAAUACCUCCUCCAACCUGGUUCUUACCAAUCACCAUCCGUUUUUUAGGCGUUCAAUUUUAAUCCAAAUUCUCCACUUUCAGUAGCCAAAUGAUCAAGUAAUAUUUGAAGACCUUUCAGCGAUUAAAACCGUACCUAUUGUCCGUAUACCGAAGAUUGUUAAUGUUGACGUCGUUGAUAAAAAUUCCCUUAGUGCAGUCUUCUAAUGCUUUCUUAAAUAUUUUUUUCCAAUAAAUAUUAAAAAGUAAUGGUGAAAGAAUGUAACACUGCCGGACACCUUUUUUUAUCCGUACUUCCUCAAACAUUUGUUGGUCUACCUUGAUUUAUGCGGUCUGAUCCCAGUAGAGAUUUGCGAUUAUCUUGAGGUCUCUAUCAUCCUCGAGAAUUUUCAUAAGCUUCUCAUGUUGCACCAUGUCAAACGCUUUCUCAUAGUCUACGAAGCAUGCGUACCUAUACAGGAACAGAAACAUCUCUCUACAUCUUUGAACUAGCAAUUGGAUGCUAAGCAGGGUCUCUCUUGUACCAAAACCGUUACGAAGACCAAGUUGAGAUUCGCCCGUGAAGGACUUGCACUUUACGUAUAUUCUUUUAUUGAUGAUAUUUAGGAAAAUCUGGAGAAAGUGGAUCAUCAAGCUAAUAAGGUGAUAAUCGCUACAUCUUUUUGCAGAGCUUUUCUUCAUAAACGUCUCAUGCCCUAUCAGUAAACCAUAUUGAAAAGCUUCACUUCUGAAUAGACAACUUCUGGACCUGCAUAGCUUUCUUGUUUUUGGAUAACUGAAUGGCGUGUUGGACUUCUUUCUUACUUAGUAUAUCUAUAGUCCUCCUUGACAAUACUCUUCAGGAAUGUCCGAUCUCUCCUCUUGAAACAAGCUUUCGAUGUAGCUGCACCACUGGUUUUACUUUAUCGUUGACAUCAAGAAUUAUCUUAUCUUGACUGUCCAACAGAAUGCCGGUCUGUCGAGGUUUGUAUAUAUCAUCCUGCGAUAAGCAUCGACCUUCCUGUCUCAAAUCCAAAUCGAACUCCUAAGACAAAAAAUCAGAUUAAGAAUUAACGAUCGCAUGUGUAUUAUUGCGCCUAGACAAAAAUCUAUCCGUUUACUAGGGCAACGUGCCACUAGGGGGGUGGUCGACUUCUCCAAAGUUUAGUCUAGCAGGGUAAAUAGCUGGGCGCAUAGCGCUGUGGCAUAGCCUAGCUCGGGGUCGGAACGCCAUGUGCCGGUCUCCGACCUCUUUUUAUCCAGUUUUCAAUUUAGUUAAAAAUGUAGGUUACUUUUGCGUAUAGUGUAUUUCAUGGUUGAUUAUAUUUGGUUCGCGGAUGAAUUGGCCCAAAAGAAGUUUUUAUGAAUUUAAUAUUUAAGAGAGCCUUAGUUAAAAUUAGGAAAAAACGAUGGAGACGUAAAAGGUAUUAAUAAUUUCAUAGUCGAUUUAUUUCCAAUUAUAUUUAUGUAUUUGAUUUUAUUCACAUAGGAAUUUUUGUUUUAGUUUUUUCACAUAAAUACACUUUUUAGACACUUACAGGACUUAAUCAAUAAAAUACAAGAAAAUAUAAUGCAUAAUACACAUAUUUGGUUGAAAUUUUAGACAAAUUCAUACCACAUCUGAAGAAAAGUAGUAGACUAUUCUGCUCAUAAAAAAUGUUCCAUCAUGCCUCAGCAAAUUCUCUAAAACCAAAUACAGGGUGUCCGGAAUAACUUGAAGUAAAUGGGGAAGGGAAACCAUUGAAGAUACAGGGUGAACCAAAUGGGAAAAAAUUGCGCAAUCAAGUGCCUACAAAUAAUCUGUUAUCAACUUGUUUGCACUCGGAAUAGCAACGGAUAUACAGGGCAAAAAAGAAAAAUGUUUCUGUAUAUGCCCUGUAUAUACGUUGCUAUUCCAAGUUCAAAGAAGUUGAUGACAGAUUAUUUGUAGGCACUAGAUUGCGCAACUUGGUCCACCCUGUAUCUCUAAUAGUUUCCAAAAUCCCCGCAUAUACGUCAAGUUAUUCCGGACGACUUGUAUAAAAUAACGAUUAACAAUACACUUAGAAAAAUAUGAUAAAAAAGCUAAUCCAAUUACUUACUACACCUGCGAAGCUUUUAUCGGAAAUUUGAUAGUCUGGCAGUAUCGAUUUUUGUUAAAAUUAGGACAAAACCCCAAACCGUGUGAUAAAAAAUUAGGUUUAUUUGAUUUGCUCACGAAAUAAGGAGCGUAUAUGCAAAAGAAGGCCCCAAAUUUGGGUCUAGAAAAAUGGGACCGAAUAUUUCGAAGGUGAAGUCAUGCCAUCCUCUAAAGGCCAUAAUUAGGCUCCUGUCUAGACGGAUAUGGGUGACUUUGAAUCUCAGAAUUUUUCUACGUUUCGACCUUGUGUAUCUUCGAUCUGUUCCAUAUUAUUACGUAAAGUGGAUUCUCAGACAAGUGAGACAAACUACUUUUCCAAAUUAAUUUACUUUUAUUCAAGGCAAUAAUACAAAAAUCACAACGGAACCAGCACUAUUGAAACAUCGUUUGACUACAUACAAUAUCAAGCCUAACUAGUGAACUAGUCACAAAACUAACUCACUGCGUUACUAUCACGGCUGGAUCAGAUGUAUGUUAAAGAACAGAGUUGUUCAACUAAAUAUAUGGCUUAUGGCUUCUAUUCCACCACGUACUUAUGCAGAUGAUAUUACAAUUUUGCAAAACGGAAAAUACGAAAACGUCCUACGUGAAUCUAUGCAGACCACUUUAAAACUGGUAGAAAGAUGAUGCUCAGGAAACUCACUUGUCGAUCACUGCGAAAACCGAACUGAAAAAGGAAGCUGCUCAAUUUUAAGACCACCCUUUUUUUCCCUUAUCUAUCUAUCUAUCUAUCUAUAUUGAUAAAUAAGGUAGGUACGCUAAAUAUUGCCAUUGUUCCUAAUAUGGUCACCCUCGUUACUCAGCUAGUAUCGAUGCUGCAUGUAGGUGGCAGCAGCAGCAGGUACUUUGAUUUGUCAGCGAUUUGUUUUCUAUUCGGCGGUUUACUCUAUGCUAAACGUCAGACGUCAGGAACAUGACAUUUGUUUUUCCUGUCCGCGCUAUAAGAAAAUUAACUUUUCAUUCUCCCCCUUAUGAAAGUAGAUUUUUGCAUAGGCGAGCGAAAGUGAAAGUGAAACAUGCUAGUAGUAACUUUCACUUUCGCUACUAGCAUGUUUCACUUUCGCAUGCCUGUUCACGAUUUUUGAAGGGGAAGAAUGAAAAGAUUGAUAUAUUUCACUCUGCAAAAGCCCUUUAAGGUGCUCGGAGGUAUUCAAAUAGCCUCGGCUGCGCUUCGCUUUGCCUCGGCUAUUUGAAUACACCUCGUACUAAAAGUAUGCUUUCGCAGCUUGGAAUGUAAAUAACUAUUUCGCGUUGACCCUACGCAAUUUUAAUUUACAUUUACUGGAUUUUUGUUAUUAAGUACAGGGAAGUACAUUCCAGUGGCUCUUGUUUUAUAAAUUGCAUAUGAAUUAUUUCAAAGUUAGAGAUUUUUUUUUCUGGACGUCAUUUGUUCCUAAUAUUGCCAUCACUAAAUAUGCGCUUGUGCCUAGUCUGCUGUUCACGAGGCCUGUGUCAGAAUGACAAAGAAAACUUUAUCUGUCCUCAAUGUUCUUGAGUUUAAUUUUUUUUUUUGUCAGAAAAUUUUGUUAUUUUUAUCUUUUGUUCCAAAGGUAGUUCCUAAUUUUGACAUAGGGUAGCAAGAAUAGGGAGAGCUAUGAUCUUAAUAUUGCCAUUCUUAACUUCAACUAACACGUUCAAUAUCUUGAUUUUUAUUUGAGGUGAAUAAAAAAUAUGAUUUAAAGAAUGCAUUUCUUUACUCGUUCCCAAAUUUGUAUUCCUUCAUUAAUAGAGGUACCUAGAAUUUAAUCACUUCCAAACGUUGAGGUGGCAAUAUUUGGCACACUUACCUUAAGACAAAAUACAAAUUAGAUAUGACCGGCUUACGAAAAUCAAAAUAUAAACAAGUUUGUUCAUUUUGCAGUGGUGAACAUAUGAAGGUACCAUUUAAAACGAAACAGGAUAAAUAGGUAUCUGAUGCUACAAUUAUUUUUCAAAAAAUCGCUCGUACACGUUAUUCGAUUUUCAAAGGGGGAAGUAUUCUGCUACCAUUUUUAUCACUUCAACUUCAACCCUCUAGGCGGGAUGGGACCAACUCUUACUAUUACAAAUGGAACAAGGGGUGGAGUGAUACCUCUUUUAAAACAGCAUUUAAUUCUCUUUCAUUUGAUGUUAUUUGAAAGAAAAUUGAACGCUCUUUUAAAAUAAGUAUCACUCGACCCCCUGUUCCAUUUGGAAUGGCAAGGGUUGGUCUCACCCCCCUUAGAGGAUUAAGUUAGUGCGGAAAAUGUUUCAAAUACUCACACAAUCAAAUCACGUGUACAAGCGAUUAAAAAUAAAAUAAAAGUGGCAUCAGAUAUUUAUCCUGUUUCGUUUUAAAUGGUAUACCCUGUAUAAGUACCGGGUUAUUGUCUAUAUUUUGCACCCAUACCUAUCUCACCUGUUUGAAGAGAUACCCAAAAAUGUCAAAUGUGAAAGUUGUAGGUAAUAUCAGAAAGUUUACAAGUAUACAGGUUGUGUCACACAAUUGUGGUGAAGCAAGGUGAUACUUUUUUAAAUGGAAAACCCCGUAUAUUAUUGUCCCAUUGGAUUAGCUUUUCAAACCUGAUUCCGUGAUAUACCCACAUCCAUUUCCUAUUGAUCAAUGUGAAUGAUUACUCAUACAGUGAGUUUUUUUUCAUUACUCAAUUGUUUUCAAUCAAUGAAAAUAUCCUGGUCUCAUUACUCCACUAUCUAAGAGCCAAUCAGAAAAUUCGACAAGUUGAUAACAUACAUCAACCUUCCAAUCGGACAUUUUGACAGCUGAUUUAGACAAGACUUGUGCCAACCCAACCGCACUUUGUCCUCCAGCUGUCAGAAUUGUCAAUUAAUUUUGUUAUGAAAAUUAAAUAAAAAGCCGUAUAACUCGUGCCUAUUAUCUAAUAAUCAUAGAAAAAGUAUAGUAGGUAUUCUACUCGUGGGUAAUGGCUAUUGCUCACUCGGAUAAAUACACUACUCGCCUGCGGCUCGUAGUGCAAACUUCAUCCUCCGUGAGUAAUAGCCUUCAUAACCCGCUCGUUGAAUAAUAUACUAAUUUUAUUGAAAACGGUGAAGUAUAGCGACCACUAGCAAAAUAUAAAGGUAAUCAUUCAUAUAAAAAAUCCAUAUUAUUUCUUCAAAAUGGGAUAUUCAGAGGCUGGACUAUGAGGAAUAAACCUGAAAAACCUAGUAUAUUUGGAAUCAGGUUGGAAAGGCUAAUCCAAUGAGACAAUAAUAUACCAGGGUUUUCCAUUUAAAAAAGUAUAACUUUGCUUCGCCACACUUUUGUGACACACCCUGUAUACUAACUAAUAUCAGUGAAAACUUUCUGAUAUUACCUACAACUUAUACAUUUGACAUUUCUGGGUAUUUUUUCAAACAGGUGAGAUAGGUAUGGAUGCAAAAUAUAGACAAUCACCCGGUACCGACCUACUGAAAAUGAGAAGAAAAUUCUCUUAUUAUGUUGAAAAAUAUUUUCUAAAUAAGGUAUUGAAGUACUCAAUAAGAGCUACUUACGAGCUCAGAAAAAUUUGACUUGAUAAGUACGUCUCAUAUUAACCGAGAUAUUGUCGAAAUAUUUUAAAUAAAAAAUCCAAAGGGGGUAGGUAACCUGAAAAGUCAAAAUGUUUAAAUUUUAAUUUUUUCGAAAUUGGACUAUCCCAAUCGGAAGAUAAGGUUGAAUAAGUGGAGAACAAAUCCCAAAUUAUUUCGGAAACGGUAAUUUUAUUGAAAAAAAAAAAUCUCAAUUUUGACUUCAGAAAUUUUCUUACAGUCUGACUUGUCAAAAUUUUGCUCCCAGUUUUGGUAAUUCUGAACGAAUUGACUUGUAUUAUAGGUUUUCUGAAAGAGGAUUAAAUUCUCUAUAAAACCUCCAAAAAUCAUACUAUUGCUUUUAAAGGUUUUGAGAAAUUAGGCUUCAAAGUUGAAAUUUUACUCAAAUUUUAUCCUAAGAUAAUAAUACUAGAAAUAGACUGAAAGAUAUUUAUAUUUAUUCAACAAUUUCGAAUUAUUUAGGCCCGGUUCAUUCAUCUUCUGGUGAACUUUCUGGUAACUAUCUGCAAGAUAAAUUUACUGUUCUAUAAUUCUGUUGGUCAAUUUUAUAAUAAACUAGAAAAAUUUUUUUGCUGAUAGCUCAUACCUACCUAAAAUCUCAAAAAAUUGAACAUAACAGCCAACCAUGGUUUGUGAAAUUGACCAUCUUUUAAUUAAUAUUACUAAAUCCUUUAUUUAGCAUGAAAAUUGCUAGUUUCCAAUAGUACAAAAUACAUAAAUAUAUCGGGUGUCCCACCGAAAACUGUCAAUGGCCUAUAUCUUGAAAACAGUAAUCGAUUAAAAAAAAUAAAUAAAAAACCCGUUUGGAGGGUUGGAAGGGGGAACCAAAACAAGGUACUUUUCAGGUCUCCCUGAAGCACCCCUCCAGCAGUAGCUACCCUAACCUCAAAAUCUUAAAUGGCAUUAUAGGUCAUAUGAUACCUUGUUUGAAAGGUAUAUUAAUUCUCCAAACAAAUAUGCAAAAAAAAAUUAUCUGGAUACAAAUUUAAAUUGUCACAAAAUGGCGUAUGCUUCAAGUUAACAACUUUGCCCUCUUGAGGAGGUGAAUACUGUCAGGUACAGUGAGGGGAAAGGGGUUCAAAAAAUAAAAUCUUGAUGAUUUCUUCAAAAAUAUUCAUGGUGUUAUUCAAUUUGUAUAAAAUCGGUUUUAAAUCACAUUUACCUGUUCCACCCGAUCAAAUGAGGUUUUCAUCGAAAUGAGAGUCACAUUUAAAUCUGGAUAAUUUUUUUUUGUAGAUCCAUUAAGAGAAUUAAAAGACCUUCAAAACAAGGUAUCACAUGACCUAUAAUGCCAUUUAAGAUUUUGAGGUUAGGGUAGCUACGGCUAGAGGGGUGAUUCAGGGAGACCUGAAAAGUACCUUUUUUUGGUUCCCCCUUCCAACCCUCCAAAAGGGUGUUUCAUUAUUUUUUUAUCGAUUACCGUUUUCAAGAUAUAGGACAUUGACAGGUUUCGGUGGGACACCCGGUAUAUGAAAAGUAAGUAAAAAAUAAAAUGUAAAAUAAUUCAUAAAAUAGGUAAACUAACAGAACAAAACUUAAUAAUCACAAACGAUACACAGUAAUUUAAAAGUUAUCACAAGAUCAACCAUCCAGUAUGUCACAAUUACCUAGCAUAUAAAUUUUUAGUUUUUUCUUGAAACUCAACAAUGAAGUGCAGUUUUUUAUCUCUUCUGGUAGGUUAUUAAACUCGUUAAAUCCUUUAUGAAAAAUUGAAUUCAUUGUACAUUUUUUACUCUUUGGAGUUAUGAAAAAACUAUUCCUAUUUCUGGUAUUAAAGUUAUGCACUUCAUUGUUGUAAACUAUUUUGUUUAUAAGGUAUUCAGGAGCACGUCCAAUCUUUAUCUUAAAAAUGAAAACCAAGGCAUUAUACCUUACAAAUUCCACAACCGGUAGCCAUUGCAUUACUCUUAACCAGGGAUGUGCCGUAGACUAUGAAAUCUACUUUGCGCGGUUUGUCUACUCGUUGUCUACGUAUUGUUUACAUCCACUUUUUUCCAUGUAGACUAUGUAAACUAUGUAGACAAUGUAGACAACAGAAAAUUUGAAAUUUGAGUAAUUUUUUUGAAAGUUUGCAUUGCAUUAAAUUUAUGUUGUAUCAAAUUAGACAUUAUCUGCAGUUUAAUUAACAUUACAAAGCAAAAAACAAAACAAAGCAAAAACAGAAACAUAACCUUAAAGGCCUGCCAACUGUCUAAAAUUUUAUACUUUACGCGUUGUCUACAUAUUUUACACGUUGUCUACAUAGAUUACAUAGUUUACAUUGUCUACGCGUUGUUUACACCAGACGUAGACAAUCUUUGUUUACGCGUAGAUGCCCAUCUCUGCUCUUAACAUUGAGUUUAUUGGUGUAUACUUGAUACAGGAAAGAAUUACACGCAUAGCCCGGUUCUGCAAUUUUUGUAGUCUAGCCACCUCAUUCUGCUUGAAUGAAUACAUGAUUGUUGCACAGAAGUUGAAAUGUGGCAAAACUAAUGUAUUAUAUACAACUAACUUUGACCAGAAAGAAAUAAAAUAGGAACAUCGAGAUAGAUAGUUAACACUAAAACUUAUUUUAGACACAAUAUAAUUGCAAUGUUCCCUAAAUAAAAGUUUAUCAUCCACUAUCACCCCCAAAUAUUUAAACUUUUGUACUUUUUGAAUGUUAUUAGAUCCAACCAUGAAUGAAAGAUCAUUGUCAUCACAAUGGAGUUUGGUUUUGUCAUUGGUUAUUAACAUGAAUUUUGACUGCGAAUAUUUAACUUUAAACGAUAUUAUACAGUAUAUUUAUAAAUUCUAUUCAACUCUGCAUUCAUGUUUUGAACAAGGCUUGUCAAAUUCCUAGAGGCUGCAUAAACCAGUGUGUCAUCAGCAAAUAAGUGAACAUUAGCAUUUCCUAAAAUAUCUGCUAUGUCAUUUAUAUAUAAAAUAAAAAGUAGUGGCCCCAGUACGCUACCCUGAGGUACACCAUGAUAAUUUUCUAAAUUUCCAGAAACUUUUCAAUUCAGUUUAACAUUCUGUAGGUACUCGAUUUGCGAAAUAGUUCUUAAACCAUUUUGGUACACAUCCACCAACACCCACUGUUUCAAGUUUAUUUAAGAGCAUUUUGCUGUCUACCGUCUCAAAAACCCUCUGGAGAUCUAAAAACACUGCAAUUACCAUAUAGUUACUGUCAGCCCAAUUCUUCCACUCAUCCACAACACACUGAACCGCAGUUUCACAACUGGUGGUGCGCUCUAAACCAUGAUUGAAAUUAAUUAAUAUAGGCAACGUUUAUGAUGGAAAAGUCAGUUGUGAAGAAAUGUAUGAAGUAGUUGGACCACAACUUUCGAAAAAUAUACCAAUUAUUCAAUACCAAUAAGAAAUAAUAAGCAAACAUUCAAUAAUUUUGCAUUUAAUACGAAUAGGUAUAUAAUUUAUUAUUUUUAUCGAUUUUUUGCUUUUAAAUAAAACCUUUCUAUUUUCAUUUUAGACGUCAUAGCUGCCCUCACAACCCAGACGACUACAACGAUCACCUUCACCCUGAAGGACCAAUUUAUGCCACGCCAAAAGACGAAUACAAUGCGACAAAGGGCGAAAGAUUCCCAGUCAAGAAACCACAAGAUCAUUUGUAUCCAGAAGGUAAUAAUUGUUACUGCAUUAAAUAGUAGUUCUUUAAUAGUAUUUUUCGAAAAAACACUGGAAGCAUGGCAAAUGAUAUAAAACAUUGCACCACACACACAAACACAUGAGUCCGAUGCGACAAUUUCCGCUAGUAGAUCAAUGUAAUUGUGCCUAAUUGAAAAAUGGUUUUGUUUGCUAGUCGUAAUUUUUAACCAUUCAAAAUUUGUAUACGGUUUCAGACGACUGUUUCAGACUCUUAUUAUUGGUGCCGUAAACUGUAUAAAUUUCCCAAUUUGUACUCAGAGAUUUCAAAACUGAAGUCUUUUCUGAAUCAAUUCAACCUUUACGAAAAAAUUAAAUUUUGUUCGUUAAAAAAAAAUAUGAUUUUCUGAGCAACUUCUUUUUUUUGAAGAACUGAAAUGAAACGUUGUCCAUAAAAAAUGUCAAACCAGCAGUUGAUAUAUCUGGCUCAGAAACUGAACUAUGACCAUUUACUUUCAAUAGUGUCUAUCAAUGCAAAAUAUUAGAUAAAAGGCAAAAUUUGCAGGAUUUGUAAUUCUUUCACUGCAACUACAUUUUCAGAAAAUUUCAGUUCAAUAUCUAUGAUACCUACAGUUUUAAGUUCUAUUAUAGAAUAGCCAAUCAAUUAAGAAUGAACUCAAAAUACUCAAAAUUUGAAUUAAGAAUAGUAGAUGAGACUGUAAAAAAUCACUUCACUGACAAUUUGGAUCCCAAACCUUUUUAAACACAUGCACUCUUUCACGCCUAUAGUAAGCUCAAUGCAUUAUAUUAUAUCUACGUUUAGCUAUCUCAAUUUGUUAUCGAAUACCUUAUAAUUUAUAAUAUAUCUAUCAAUAAUAAUUAUUAGGUACAGGGUGGCCCGUUUAUUUUGUCCUAUCUCGGUAUAUGGAAAUCUGGAUAUUUUAUGACAAGAAGUUAAAUACAAAAGUUGUAGGGUUAUAGUUAUUAAGGUAUCAAGGGUAUUAUGAUAUUAACGCUUGUGGUCAAUUGUGUAUUUCUCUGGCCCAAGUGAUAUAAGUACGUUGACCGAAAGUGAAUUCAAUAAAUACGUUAAGGGAAUGAUUAGAACAACUAAACAAAAAUAUUUGGAGGAAAAAUUUAAAAUAAAAAUCAAAAGGAAAUCUGGAAUAAUAUAAAUACAUGUUUACUAAACUUUUGUAUUUAACUUUUUGUCAUAAAAUAUCUAGAUUUCCAUAUAGGUACCGACAUAAGACAAAAUAAACGAAAUAAACGGGCCACCCUGUACAUACUACAUAUCAGGAAUUCAUAGAAUUUUGAUUGCAUAUAGGUACCGUAGUCCUGUUUGAAUGUGAACAAUUUUUAUUACUGUUCCAACAACUUUGCUACAAUCUUCUAUAUUGACAAUAUAAACAAUUAUUCUUACAAAAAAAAAAAUCUAAAAUAUUUUUAAAUAAACAUUUUCUGCAAUCCGCAUAGUGAGUGUAUAAAUGAAAUGUUGGUGCAAUGAUUGUCCUGUUUAUAAAUCUACUGUUAUUUAUUUUAGUUUAUAAGUGUUAUUUGUUCUUUUCCAAAAAGGAUUUUGUGUUUUCUCUAGGCGAAUUCGCUAAGCGAGUACCGGAACAAUGGCUUCCAGGAGACAGGGGUACUGUUAAGAAACCACAGGAUAAUUUACGUCCGGAAGGUAAGAAUUUGAUUUUUUUUGUGUUUGUUAUAUUUCGCAUUCUGAAAGUGCUGCCAUAAGAUGCCUGAUAAAGGUCUGUUCGCACAGAAAUCACAAACCAGUAAGAGUGAAUUUCAUUGGUUGUAACUAGUUUUCUGAAUGUUUUCAACCAAUGAAAUUCGCUCUGACUAGUUUGUGAUUUCUUUGCGAACAGACGUGUCGAUAAACACAGAUGUUCACAUUGAAUUCUAGGAUCUUCUCCAGAAUCUCAUAAAGAAUGUCUGGUGAAGGUCCAUAACGGAAUCCAUACUGGUAGUUUUCGGAGAGGAGAGUACCUAAUACCUCGAUAAUUUUUGCACUCUGGAAUCCUUUUUUAUAAAGUGCACAGAUUAUUCCUGAUAAUUUUGCGCAAAUUUUGCACAAUUUUACAUGACUCAAACCAAAUUUUGCAUAACCUCUUCCGAGAGACUGCAGCUGAUUUUCAAAUGGAAGCAAACUUGACAGUUUCUCCUCGUAUGAAAAUCGUUUCUUCCUCUUUUCAUUUCGAAAAUAAAGUCUUCUAAAUCCCUUCUAUCAAUUUUACUGAAGAAACUGUAACCUGCUUUGAUCUGCAAUGUUUGAUUCUAUGGCAAAUUCCAAGCACAUUUUAUGUAUAAGGUACAGGGUGAGUCACCAUAUUUUGACACCCACCUGCAGCCGUAAUUACAGGGGAUAGGUUAAAGGUGUAAAUACAAAAGUUGUAACAUUUUAUCUGAACCGCCAGAAUUUUUUAUUAGUUUAAACAAAUGAGCAACGUAAAGUGAAAAAAUAUGUCGAUGUUCAUUUUUUUUAAAUGGAAUGCCCUUUAUUUUUCUGAUUCAGAUCAAGAUUAAAUGAUAUGUAAAUGUUUCUUUCAAUAGUUUUGGAAAUAUCUGGAAUUCAGUUAUCCAAAGACAAUAGUUUUUUGAAUUUUACCUUGAUUUACCUGUCACCUGUUCACAAAACAUUGUGAUACGUGAAUAGGUCUUCGAAUAACUAAACUCCUGACAUAUUUUUUAAUUUUUUGUUUCUUUUUUUUUCAAUCUAAUUAAAAAUUCUGGUAGUUCAGAUAAAAUGCCACAACUUUUGUAUUUACACCUUCCACCUAUCACCUGUAAUUACAGCUGCAGAUGAGUUUCAAAAUAUAGUGACUCACCCUGUACAUACAAGGUGUCACGAUAGGUUUGUUACAAACUUCUAGGGAUGGUAGAUGUCGUGAGAAUUAAGUUUUUUUUUUGAUAAACAUAUGUUCGGAAAUGCUUCGCUUUCCAGAUACAGGGUAGUGUUAAACUUUGUAAAAAUAAGUCAAUUUUUUUAUUAAUUCUUAGAAAUGCGUUGAACGAAUUCGAUGAAAUUUUCAUAGUUUGUUAACACCUUCAUAUGUUUUUUGAAUAAAACACUUAAAAAUACAACUUUUUUGUCUGCUCAUUUUUUUUCGUAUGCUGCUUCGUUUUCCAUUCUAGGCGAGCUACAAACGUCACUAGUCACUCACCUCCAUAAAUAAAUAGUUAUUUAUUCACCUAGGUCAAAAAGUACAGCUUUAACGCCCGCAGCGUGUGUAACAGCCUGAGGCGUUAGCCGAGGGCUGUUUACACGCUGAGGGCGUUAAAGCUCUUUUUGACCGAGGUGCAUACAAGAUUUUAUGCACGAUGAGCAUGUUUUCAUUUUGAUAUUUGAAAAAUUAUAAAUUUUUAAUUUUGUAAUGACAUCAAUCAAAAAUAUUUCAAAAUAUAAAUUUUCAUGUUCACCGCAUAAUAAGUCAUAAGUUUUUGUCAAAUUUAGAUCAAGAAAGCAGUUGUUGACAAAAGUAUCACGUAACUAUUAUAGCAACCCAGAACAAUACAAACAAAUAAUUAUUUUACUCUGUGUAUUGUAAGUCUAUAGUUUUCUUAUGAUGUAUAGUCUGGCGUCUGAAAAUGGAGCAAACUAGCCUCCCCAAGUUUAUUUUUGAGGCAGUUGAAGAGGCCAGGGAAGAUCUAUUACCUUCAAAGUCCAAAAGACUAUGAAAAACAUAUAGGGACUUUAUUUCCUGGUGUGCCCAACAUAGUAUCAAUGAGCAGCAGUACUUUGUAGAAGAAACCUGUCCUGGCAUAAACAUUAAUGAAAAAUGCAAUAAAAAAUAAACCAUCCACCAUCCACACUUUGGAGAUAUUACUCAAUGUUGAAGGCAAUUUUAAUUUGAAAGUAGAUUGAAUUUUAUUAUUAUUGCUUAUUCCAUUAUUCUUAUUAAUUAAAAUAAAGCUUGUUUCGUUGAACAAAGUUGAUAUUUUUUGGACUAAGCAAUAGAAAUGCAAAAGGUUCAAAAAAUUGAGUCGAAUUCUUGCUUAUUUUUGAAAUUUUAAAACUUUCAGGCCCGCGGGCAUAAAAGGCGCCCUAGGGCGUAAAAGUACUACUUCACGCUCUAAAAUGCGGGCGUGAAAGUGCACUUUUACGCCCGUUCGUGCAUACAAAUGAAUUGCCUCAGAAUUACUUCAAAUUUAACCAGCCUAUUUAUUGCUUAAAAAUAGACAAAAAAAAAAAGUAGGAAACUUUUUUUCUAAAACGCACGCAUUUCUAAGAAUUGAUAAAAAAAAUGACUUAUUUUUACAAAGUCAAGUUUGCCCCAUUUGAAAAAAAAUCGGCUAUAGUCUCUCGGAAAAGGGUGUGCAAAUUUGGUUUGGGUCGUGCAAAAAUGCAAAAUUGUUUAUCCUUUAUUCCAGAUUUUGGUAAUAUUUGUGAAUCCUUUUGAUAAAGUAUAGUUGCUGAUAUGUUCGAACAACUCCGAGAUUAAACCAUAAUUUUUGAGAUACCUUAUUCUUAUAGCACGGCACGAUUUACUUCAGAAACUGUUGGUGUUUUCUACUGAGCAUUCCUUCUAAUCCUUCUAAUUGCUCUGCUUAUCGACUGCAAAUUUUUCUCUGAUCGCCUUUAAUAAGCGGAUCUUGGUUAGAGAGAUGCGUUUAAAAUGUACAGCUUUAUAUAAUUUCCUAGCCUUAUUUUGAUCAUCAAAGUUCUCGUAUUUCUUCCAGCUUCUUAUUUUAUAAUCCACAUUUUUUCUUCCUUUGUACUUGGUUUUUCUUGUCAGCGAAGUUGUUUAUAUUGAGUCACUUUGCGUCUUGUUCUUCGUUUGCAAGCAACACCGAAUAAAAAAAAACCAAAAGACUAAAUAACCUAAAACCCAUGGAUAACUACCAACCAGAGGCGUACCCACGGGGGGGGGGAUAAGGGGUAUAUAUCUCCCCCCAGGAAGUCCCACCAGAUGCCCAUACCAGCAUCAAAGUGAAAAUGAAAAAAUAAAAGAUACCUUAAGCACAGCAAUUACAUAGAGAAUUCCGAGGAGAAUUCCUUCAUUCGACUAUACAGGGUGUUUGGUAGGUACAUCGAUAGGAAGUUUUCAAUGUUUCAGCAGGAUUUCAUGGGAAACAGUCAAAUGCCUUACUUAGGUCACAGAAAAGCACAGCACUAAAUUGGAGAUUGUCAAAAGAAUCCAGAAUACCGGCAAUGAGAUUCAAUAUACCCAAUGUAGUACAUCUGCCCGCUCGAAAACCAAACUGGCAUUCAGUAAAGCAUCAGUUCUCCUCGAGGAACUUCACCAACCUCAAAGCCAUGCAUCUUUCCACAAUCUUAGACAAUACCGACAAGAGCUUCCUUCAGAAUAUCAGGAAAACAUUUUGGCGAAAACAGGAAUUAAUUAAUCUGGUUAGGGGAAUGAUAAUAAUAUUCUCAAUGAAUUUGAUCAAUUUGAUGCUCAAACCAAAGAUAUCAAUGCUGGCCUUAUUUUCAAUGUUGUCUAUGAUAUCCCUAAUUUCACUGCAGGGUACAGGAGAAAAGUUGAAAAUAUUAGGUGGAGAAAUCAUGUGGUUUAGGUAAUGUAAAGGACCAAGCUCGUUCGGACCAAUCUUGCUAGUGAGAUCCUGUGCAAUGCUGCAAAAGUAUUUAUUGAAAUCACUAGGUGAGAGAAGCGAACUAACUUCUUCGCAAGAGUCUACAUUUCUCGAUUUGUUUAUGAUUUUCCACAUUACUUUAACGGGAUUUUUUUCGGGCAGAAUUAUGUUAUCAUUAUAUGCUGUUUAGUUGGGGUCAUUCGGGAGCUGUUAACCACAUUUACCCCUAUGCAAAGUUUCGUCAUUUUUGAGAUAUCAGCAUUUUUAGAUAUUUUUGGGAAAUAUUUGAAUUGUUUCUAAAACUUUUGGUAGUGAACACUUCACCCUUUCUCAAUUUUUUUCCGAUAUUCCUCAUAUGCACUCUUUCGGAAAAAUAUUGAAAGAAUGGAUGAUACAAAGAAUAUGUAGCUCAAGUUAUGUGUUAAAAUACAUGGAUUCAAAAUAUCUGAAAUGGCGAUAUCUCAAAAAACGGCGAAACUUUGCCUGAAGGUAAAUAUGGUCCAACAGCUUCCAAAUCACCCCCAGCUGUCACUCAUUAACAUCUUCUUUUCGAUGUACCAAACACCCUAUAUAUUUCCCCCAUUUAGAUUGAGGGAAAUAUCCUCAGAAUCCUUAUUCCGUAGAAAUGGCAACCUUGGUCAUUGCAUCACUGUCACACUGUUAGAAUUGCAAUUCAUUUUCCAUUUAUUGAUCGUUUCAUUGGUCAGAUAGAAGAGAGAUUUGCUAACUAUAAACAGAUUUUUAAAGGCUUUAUGUGCCACCAAACAACAAAUGAUUGCGAUGCCUAUGGAGAACUUUCACAUUUGUAUAUUCCUGAUGUGUAAAAGCCGAAACUAAAUUAUGGCACAAUUAUUUGAGUAGCCAUCUGGAUAUGAGAAGUAAACGUCAAGCCUUAUCGCACUUGGAAUUAUGCAACCGAUUAGCUUUAAGGCUUACCCUUAACACAUUACCAGUAUCCACAGCCACCCCAGAGAGGACAUUCUCAACACUCAAAAGAAUGAAAACUUAUCUUCGCAACUCUACUUGUCAAAACAGGCUUAAUGGAUUGGCAAUGAUGUCAAUCCAUAGAGAACUAUCUGCGAGUGAAGAUGAAAUCAUAGAUGAGCUAGCAAAAAGACCUAGGCGACUAGAUUUUGCUUUAUAAAAAGCUUAAUCCGACAGUUGAUUGAAAAUUUGCUUGUUGUUGCCCUGAUUAUUUUUUAUCCCCCCCUAAGACCAAUGUCUGAGUACGCCACUGCUAACAACCAUAUCCGAGACUCUGGGAGAAAAAGGGAGCUAUGGAAAAGGUACUAACGUACCAACACCCUAACACAAAAAAUCAAAGAAGUUAAGCUGGCCAUACAUUGACAGCCUAACAAACUUUGAGAAUCCCAAAAAAACUACACAAGUACAUUAGAUUACAACUUAACAUCAAAGUAGGCAUUCCUAUUUUAAAAACUCCAAAUGGGGAAAUGUGCACAAAUAAUAUCGAGAAAGCCACCAUCUUGGCAGAAGAGUUUUCUAAAGUAUUCAUGACGGAGGCAUUAACUCCUGAAGAUCUCCAAAUAAACUUCGACAGAGGGUACCUUCAACUAUCCAAAUCACAAGCCAAUAUAUUCUAAAGAAGGGAGAAGUUCUGAAGGUUACCAGCACUCCAGGUCUGGACGGAAUAUCCUCAUUAGUUCUGAAAAAGUGCUCAAACAACCUUGCUUCCCCUUGUUCCCCUAUGCAAAAUAAUGAAUAUACCACUGGAGCAAAAAAGGCUCUCCGCCGCUCACCACGAUAUACAAAAAAGGUGAUAAACUAGAUGCUGGAAAGUGGAAACUCCAGGCAUAUAAGCUUGCUACCUAUUGUAAGCAAAAUCAUGGAAUCCAUGGUAGCAGAAAAUCUGAGGGGUUUUGACUGGCAACUACCCCUUAAUGUGGAAAAAUGUGUAGGACUCCAUCUUCGGAAAAAUAACCCAGAAUAUGAAAACACCAUUAAUGAGUCAGUACUGGUCAGUGUUCACCAACACAAUGACCUUGGAGUUCUGAUAACCAAAAACUUGACCUAAUUAGCAGAUGUAACAAUAUGCAAAGAAGCCAACAGCAAGUUAUUCCUCCUAAAGAAGGUCGUCCCAAACACCGCCCCCCCCCCCCUCCCCAGAAGCUGUACAACUUAUACUGCAGGCGAAUCCUAGAAUAUGCAGGUCAGGCUUGGUACCUAUAGACUUCAUUAGAAACCGCAAUAGCCUUGAAGCUGUACCGUAAAGUCCCCUAACUUUGACUGCUCCCCUAACAUUGACCAAAAGAUCAUUAAAUGAUAUAAUGCACCUUAAAAAACUGUGAAUUUAUAUUGCUGGCGAUUUCUACCUACAAACAGUUAGUCUAAUGUCUAAUAACUGGCACUGUGUUGCGGAAUGCAUGUUCAGUUAAAAAUCAGAUGCACAAUAAACUUUGACCGUUUGAACCAAAAAUUGGUUGAAAAUUGUCACUUGCAAACUUUCCCUCGUGGAGAGCAAACAAAAUAUAAUCAGGAGUCAUCAUUACUCACGGUGAGUAUCCUGUUAUGUAUGUUCGCAAAUGCAUGUGUUAGAUUUGGCGUUAACACUUUAUUUAGAGUUCAGGGAUUUUUUUCAAAAUUUUCUAACCUAUUUUUUUUUGCGUUCCUAACUUUGACCACCGGUCAUUGGGUCAUUUAAAAUGAUUCGGAAGUUGAUGUUUCAUUUUUACGAAAUAAAAAGUUAAUUUUUUUCUGGCCAAACGUAGGUAGUGGAUCAAUCGAUUAUAGAACCAGAGCAGAUAGUUACGAAACUAAAGAAUUCUUCAAAUAGAAAACAGGGGUUAUUUUUUGGAGAACUUCUUCUCAAUCCUCUAGAAAUAGACUGAAAUUAACAAGUAGAAAUUAGAUUGGUUAGGUAGAGGUUUUUUUUUUAAUGUGUUCUGUUUCACGCCAAAGAAUAAAGGUUUAUUUUAUUUGUAAUAUUAGAUUUAUGAAUGAUAAUAUGCAAUUUCAGCGGCAAUUCCACUCAUGUAUAAAUAAUCCCAUAUGAAAUGUCAAAAAUCGUAGUUUGCUAGCGGAUAAAUAGGAAGGAAGAGAAAAUAUAACUGGAUAAAAAAAUCGGAUAAAUUUUCUGUUGAUGCAAUCGUUACCGUAGUAACAAUUGCAUAUAAAAUUGGUUUUUGAAUCAUCUGUCAAAUAAUUGUCACAAAAAUUCACAAGUUCUAUCAUUUUAGCUUAUUAAAAGUGUAUUUUUAAAUAAAAUUAAAAAUAUUUUCAACAUGCAGCGAUUUGGGACAAUUAAAGAUAAAUUUAUAGCGAAAUAGAAAAUUCAAUUCCUGAGAAUACAGAGUCUUCUUCUCUUUCUGUAGAGUCAAAUUUUAAGGGGCAAAAUAUUUAUUCUAAUUUUACCUUCAAUAACUGUUCAUUUUAAAAAGUAUUUCCAUAUUUCAUUUUGAUUAUGCAUUCGUGGAAUUGCCGUACUAAAUACCAUUCGAGCUCAGAUUUUGAGCAGGAUAUUUUUUUGCUUGCUCUCUCAUACCUACUUUCAUGCAAUUUAUCUCGAUCUGUUCCACAAAAUCACUCGAGCUGCGCUCUCGUGAUUUUGUCGGAACAGCUCUUGUUAAAUUUCCUAAAAGUAAGUAUUCGAGACCAAGCCAAAAAAUAUCCGGCUAAAUCUGAGCUCUUAUGGUAUUACCUACGACAAUUCCACUCAUGUAUAAAUAAUCCCAUUUGAAAUGUCAAAAAUUGUAGUUUGCUAGCGGAUAAAUAGGAAGGAAGAGAAAAUAUAACUGGAUAAAAAAAUCGGAUAAAUUUUCUGUUGAUGAAAUCGUUACCGUAGUAACAAUUGCAUAUAAAAUUGGUUUUUGAAUCAUCUGUCAAAUAAUUGUCACAAAAAUUCACAAGUUCUAUCAUUUUAGCUUAUUAAAAGUGUAUUUUUAAAUAAAAUUAAAAAUAUUUUCAACACGCAGCAAUUUGGGACAAUUAAAGAUGAAUUAAUAGCGAAAUAGAAAAUUCCUGAGAACACAGAGUCUUCUUCUCUUUCUGUAGAGUCAAAUUGUAAGGGGAAAAUAUUUAUUCUAAUUGUACCUUCAAUAACUGUUCAUUUUAAAAAGUAUUUCCAUAUUUUAUUUUGAUUAUGCAUUCGUGGAAUUGCCGUAUUAAAUACCAUUCGAGCUCAGAUUUUGAGCAGGAUAUUUUUUUGCUUGCUCUCUUAUACUUACUUUCAUGCAAUUUAUCUCGAUCUGUUCCACAAAAUCACUCGAGCUGCGCUCUCGUGAUUUUGUCGCGAACAGCUCUCGUUAAAUUUCCUAAAAGUAAGUAUUCGAGACCAAGCCAAAAAAUAUCCGGCUAAAUCUGAGCUCUUAUGGUAUUACCUACGAAUAUAAUGCAACUGACUGAUUAGAAAAAAAAAAUAUGUUAUUUCCGUUAGAAUUUUAGUUAACGUUGAUUAGAUAAUAACAUUUUGUUAAUAUGUCUUUGACUUUUGGAUACUAUAAUAUCAGUUACAGCCCCAAUAUUGGCACUUUUGUUUGAUUUUUGUCGCCUUCAAGUAAUGCAAUGUUGCAGUGUAAAGUUGAAAACCGGUCAAAGUUAUGUCACUUUAUGGUACAGAGAAAAGCAACACGAUUGCAACAUGUUAGAAGAAGACCUACAUAUAGGGAAAGGCUAGAACAACAAAAACUGCUGAGCUUCCAAAAUAGAAGAACAAGAGGAGACCUUAUCUUCACCUACUAAACACUCCACAAUAACAUUCAAACAGUUAGACACCUCUAUGCCUUGAUCACAGACCAGAGACUCCAGGGUCACAGUCUCAAACUUGAAAAAGAAAACUACUCCAAAGUGUGCAGCAAGAUUUACCAAACAUCAGUCUUUGCCCCCAGGAAUCAACUCCCAACUGAAACAGUUAGUGCUACUUUAGUGUCAAUGUUCAAGACAAAACUUGUUACAUAGUCAGUUCCCAUAGUGUUUAAACUAAAACAAACCCUCAAAAACUAGCAGUUCAGCUGCUGUUUUCAUUAACGCAUCCCGAUAGUUUUCCAUCGCUAAUAAUCUAGAGAUAUAGCGUUAUUUGACACAGUACUGCAUUAGAUUCAACAACAAAAACCUAUGACGUAUUUUCAGAAAUAUUUUUUUCCUAGGUGAAUUCGAAAAACGUCGUCCAGAAGAAUGGAAACCGGGCGACCGUGCCCCCGUAAAGAGACCACAAGACAACUUGAGACCGGAAGGUGACUUCAAUGUGCCCGAAAAAACCGGAUAUCGCCCUGCGGAGCGUCCGCAGCAGAAAAAACCGGAAGACAAUUUGAGACCAGAAGGAGACUUUGAAAAACGCACUCCGGAAAAAUGGCAACCCAGUGAAAGACCGCAACAAAAGAGACCCCAAGAUAAUCUAAGGCCUGAGGGUGACUUUGAAAGGUAAAAACUAAGUUUUCAUUGACAAACAUUCGAUGUUUUUUUUUUUUUUUAAGGCCAACGCCUGAAAAGUGGCAACCAGGCGACCGCGCUCCAGUGAAAAGACCAACCGACAAUCUACGACCCGAAGGCGAUUUCGAACGACCAGAAAAACCCGGAUACCGUCCCGCUGAAAGACCGCAACAAAAGAGGCCUGAGGAUAAUCUCAGACCGGAAGGUGACUUUGAGAAACGUACCCCGGAAAAAUUUGUUCCAGCUGAAAGGCCGCAACAAAAAAGACCCGAGGAUAAUUUGAGGCCAGAAGGAGAAUUUGAAAGGAGGAAGCCAGAAGAAUGGAAACCAGGUGACAGAGCUCCAGUUAAAAAACCUCAGGAUAAUCUUAGACCUGAGGGUGAUUUUGAGCUACCAGAACCGCAAAAAUGGGUAAGCAAUAAUUCCCAGAAAUUCGUGAAAUAAAAAAUGUUUUAUCCUUAUUUAAUUUUUCAGAUGCCAGCAGAAAGGCCUGUAGCCAAAAAGCCUCAGGAUAAUCUUAAACCUGAAGGCGAAUUUGUGAAACGCACUGUACAAGACUACAAAGUGAUUUGUGGAGACAGGGCCGAAAUUGUACGACACGAAGAUAAUAUCACUUUUGGAGGAGAAUUUACAGGUAACCCACUUUCUAUAGUUUUAUAAAAAUUAUUUGCAAUUAUUUCUGGAUUUCUAUAGAUAUCACCACAUCCAAAACUGACUUCACGGGCGAAUUGGGACCAAGAGAAAGCCCAGUGCGACGCAAUACCUUCACCAAAAUCGAAGGCGAAUUCACUUCGGACACAACCAACAAAUCCGAAUUUAUUGACUACAGUACCACUGUAGAACGAAGUACCGUCCAGAAAAGAACUGACAACCUAACAGUAGAAGGCGAUAUGACUUUUGACACUUCCAUGACUGUUGAAUAUACCGAGAAGACUCCCCACGUGGACCGACGUAGAAGAACUUGGACUAAAGAUGACGUGGACAAAUUUUAUUCUACACAAGACACUGAAGUAACCACGACUAGUCAGGAUGUCUACAAGCAAUUUGAUACUACUGAUUUCAAACAAACUGUAGUCAUUCAUCGUGAUAAUCUACGUCCAGAAGGUGACUUUCAAAAACGUAUUCCUGAAAAAUUUGUACCCGCUGACAGACCCCAACAAAAAAGACCUAAAGAUAAUUUACGUCCCGAAGGUGACUUUGAAAGACCUGAAAAACCUGGUUAUCGUCCCGCUGAAAGGCCCAAACAAAAACGUCCCGUGGACAAUUUGAGACCUGAGGGAGACUUUGAGCGACCAACGCACACAAAGAGUGGGCCAGCUGAGAGACGCACUCCAAUUAAACACGACGACAACUUACGUCCUGAAGGCGAUUUCGAACGUCCAGAAAAACCAAAAUAUAGGCCAGGAGAGAGACCUUCAGCUAAAAGGCCAGAAGACAAUUUGCAUCCAGAAGGAGAUUUCGAAAAACGCACUCCAGAUAAGUUUGUGCCCGCCGAUCGUCGUACACAAAAACGUCCCGAAGACAAUCUCUAUCCUGAAGGCGUAUUUGAGAGACCUGAUAAACCUGGAUUCAGACCAGCUGAACGUCGCGAACAAAUACGACCAGGCGAUAAUCUUAGACCUGAAGGUGUCUUUGAGAGACCAGAGCGUCCAGAAUACAGACCUGCUGAAAGACCCAAACAAAUCCGCCCAGAGGACAAUCUACAUCCUGAAGGCGAUUUCGAAAGACCAACUCCAACUAAAAUCAAACCAGGCGAACGCAGGUCUCCAAUUAAACAUGACGACAAUUUGAGACCGGAAGGUGACUUCCAACGUCCGGAAAAACAAAAGUAUCAACCCGCUGAAAGGCCAAAACAAAAACGCCCAGAAGAUAAUUUGAGACCGGAAGGUGACUUUGAAAGACCCUCUCCAACGAAAGUUGGCCCAGGUGAGAGAAGGUCUCCUAUUAAACAUGAUGAUAAUUUACGUCCUGAAGGUGACUUUGAACGUCCAGAUAAACCAGGAUAUCGUCCAGCUGAAAGGCCAGCUGCGAUAAGACCAUCAGACAAUCUCCGGCCAGAGGGUGACUUUGAAAAACGUACUCCAGAGAAGUUUGUGCCAGCUGAAAGACCAAAGCAGAAACGUCCUGAUGACAAUUUGCGUCCUGAGGGAGAAUUUGAGAGGCCAGAGCGUCCUGAAUAUCAGCCAGCUGAGAGACCCAGACAAAAACGUCCAGAGGAUAAUUUGAGGCCGGAAGGUGAAUUUGAAAGACCUUCUCCAACUAAAGUGGGUCCAGCAGAGAGACGUGCACCUAUUAGACAUGAUGAUAAUUUACGUCCUGAAGGUGACUUUGAACGUCCAGAUAAACCAGGAUAUCGUCCAGCUGAAAGGCCAAGCCCUAUCAAACCUUCAGACAAUUUACGACCAGAAGGUGACUUUGAGAAACGUACUCCAGAGAAGUUUGUACCAGCUGAGAGGCCAAAGCAGAAACGUCCCGAUGACAAUUUGCGUCCUGAGGGAGAAUUUGAGAGGCCAGAGCGUCCUGAAUAUCAGCCAGCUGAGAGACCCAGACAAAAACGUCCAGAGGAUAAUUUGAGGCCGGAAGGUGAAUUUGAAAGACCUUCUCCAACUAAAGUGGGUCCAGCAGAGAGACGUGCACCUAUUAGACAUGAUGAUAAUUUACGUCCUGAAGGUGACUUUGAACGUCCAGAUAAACCAGGAUAUCGUCCAGCUGAAAGGCCAAGCCCUAUCAAACCUUCAGACAAUUUACGACCAGAAGGUGACUUUGAGAAACGUACUCCAGAGAAGUUUGUACCAGCUGAGAGGCCAAAGCAGAAACGUCCCGAUGACAAUUUGCGUCCUGAGGGAGAAUUUGAGCGGCCAGAACGUCCUGAAUAUCAACCAGCUGAGAGACCCAGACAAAAACGUCCAGAGGAUAAUCUGAGACCGGAAGGUGAAUUUGAAAGACCUUCUCCAACUAAAGUGGGUCCAGCAGAGAGACGUGCACCUAUUAGACAUGACGAUAAUUUACGUCCUGAAGGUGACUUUGAACGUCCAGAUAAACCAGGAUAUCGUCCAGCUGAAAGACCUUCAGCGAUUAGACCUUCAGACAAUCUCCGGCCGGAAGGUGACUUCGAAAAACGUACUCCAGAGAAGUUUGUGCCAGCUGAGAGGCCAAAGCAGAAACGUCCAGAUGACAAUUUGCGUCCCGAGGGAGAAUUUGAAAGACCAUCGCCAACGAAAGUUGGUCCAGCAGAGAGACGUGCACCCAUUAGACAUGAUGAUAAUUUACGUCCUGAAGGUGACUUUGAACGUCCAGAUAAACCAGGAUAUCGUCCAGCUGAGAGGCCAAGCCCUAUCAAACCUUCAGACAAUCUCCGCCCAGAAGGAGACUUCGAAAAACGUACUCCAGAGAAGUUUGUGCCUGCUGAUAGGCCAAAGCAAAAACGUCCCAAUGACAAUUUGCGUCCUGAGGGAGAAUUUGAGAGACCUGAGCGUCCUGAAUAUCAGCCAGCUGAGAGACCUAGACAAAAACGUCCAGAGGAUAAUUUGAGACCAGAAGGUGAAUUUGAAAGACCAUCGCCAACAAAAGUUGGUCCAGCAGAGAGACGGUCACCCAUUAAACACGACGAUAAUUUACGUCCUGAAGGAGAUUUUGAACGUCCAGAUAAACCAGGUUAUCGUCCAGCUGAAAGGCCAAGUCCUAUCAAACCUUCAGACAAUCUACGUCCAGAAGGUGACUUUGAAAAACGCACUCCGGACAAAUUUGUGCCUGCUGACAGACCGAAACAAAAACGUCCAGAGGAUAAUCUCAGACCGGAAGGUGAAUUUGAGAGACCAUCUCCAACGAAAGUUGGUCCAGCAGAGAGACGGACACCUAUUAAACACGAUGAUAAUUUGCGUCCUGAAGGCGAUUUUGAACGUCCAGAUAAACCAGGAUAUCGUCCAGCUGAAAGACCAAGCCCUAUCAAACCUUCAGACAAUCUUCGGCCAGAGGGUGACUUUGAAAAACGUACACCAGAUAAGUUUGUUCCUGCUGAUAGGCCAAAGCAAAAGCGUCCAGAUGACAAUUUGCGUCCUGAGGGAGAAUUUGAGAGACCUGAGCGUCCUGAAUAUCAGCCAGCUGAGAGACCCAGACAGAAACGUCCAGAGGAUAAUCUCAGACCGGAAGGAGAAUUUGAGAGACCCUCGCCAACGAAAGUUGGUCCAGCGGAGAGACGGACACCUAUCAAACACGACGAUAACCUGCGUCCUGAAGGCGAUUUUGAACGUCCAGAUAAACCAGGAUAUCGUCCAGCUGAAAGGCCAAGCCCUAUCAAACCUUCAGAUAAUCUCCGGCCAGAGGGUGACUUUGAAAAACGUACUCCUGACAAAUUUGUGCCUGCUGACAGACCGACACAAAAACGUCCAGAAGACAAUUUGAGACCGGAAGGUGAAUUUGAAAGACCAUCUCCAACGAAAGUUGGUCCAGCAGAGAGACGUGCACCCAUUAGACAUGAUGAUAAUUUACGUCCCGAAGGUGACUUUGAACGUCCAGAUAAACCAGGAUAUCGUCCAGCUGAAAGACCAAUCCCUAUCAAACCUUCAGAUAAUCUCCGGCCAGAAGGUGACUUUGAAAAACGUACUCCAGAGAAGUUUGUGCCAGCUGAGAGGCCAAAGCAGAAACGUCCAGAUGAUAAUUUGCGUCCUGAGGGAGUAUUUGAAAGACCAUCGCCAACGAAAGUUGGUCCAGCAGAGAGACGUGCACCCAUUAGACAUGAUGAUAAUUUACGUCCUGAAGGUGACUUUGAACGUCCAGAUAAACCAGGAUAUCGUCCAGCUGAGAGGCCAAGCCCUAUCAAACCUUCAGACAAUCUCCGCCCAGAAGGAGACUUCGAAAAACGUACUCCAGAGAAGUUUGUGCCUGCUGAUAGGCCAAAGCAAAAACGUCCCGAUGACAAUUUGCGUCCUGAGGGAGAAUUUGAGAGACCUGAGCGUCCUGAAUAUCAGCCAGCUGAGAGACCUAGACAAAAACGUCCAGAGGAUAAUCUCAGACCAGAAGGCGACUUUGAGAGACCUUCUCCAACAAAAGUGGGUCCAGCUGAGAGACGCACACCAAUCAAACACGACGACAAUUUACGACCUGAAGGCGAUUUCGAUCGUCCAGAUAAACCAGGAUAUCGUCCAGCUGAAAGACCAGCUCCUAUCAAACCCUCAGACAAUCUCCGCCCAGAAGGUGAAUUUGAAAAACGCACUCCGGAUAAAUUUGUGCCUGCCGAGAGACCCACACAAAAACGACCAGAGGAUAAUCUGAGACCGGAAGGUGAAUUUGAAAGGCCAUCGCCAACGAAAGUUGGUCCAGCAGAAAGACGUACACCAAUUAAACACGACGAUAAUUUGCGUCCUGAAGGUGACUUUGAUCGUCCAGAUAAACCAGGAUAUCGUCCAGCUGAAAGGCCAAGCCCUGUCAAACCUACAGACAAUCUCCGGCCAGAAGGAGACUUCGAAAAACGUACUCCAGACAAGUUUGUGCCUGCUGAGAGACCAAAACAGAAACGUCCAGAAGAUAAUCUGAAACCAGAAGGAGACUUUGAGAGACCAACACCAAGCAAAAUUGGUCCGGCGGAAAGACGUUCUCCGAUCAAACACGACGACAAUUUACGCCCCGAAGGUGACUUUGAACGUCCCGACAAACCAAAAUAUCAACCUUCCGAAAGGCCUUCACCAGUUAAACCUUCAGACAACCUCAAACCAGAAGGUCAGUUCGAGAAACGCACUCCUGACAAAUUCGUUCCUGCAGAACGUCCCAAACAAAAACGACCCGAGGACAAUCUGAAACCUGAAGGUGAAUUCGAGAGGCCGGAAAUCAAAGAAGUGGGUCCUGCCGAAUUGCGUAAACCCAUCAGACAUGAAGACAACCUUAAACCUGAAGGUACUAUGCAAGUUACUAGACGUGACGAUUACACAGUAACUCGUGGUGAAAGAGUUGAUGUUGUACGUCAUGAGGAUAACCUUAAAAUGGAAGGUGAAUUUAUUGAUACAAGAACUAGAGACGAUUACCGCGUUGUCAAAGGAGAAAGACGCGAAGUUGUCAAACACGAAGAUAAUCUUAAAAUGGAAGGCGAAUUCACUGAUAUGCAUUCGAGGGAUGAUUACCGUGUAGUCAAAGGUGAAAGAACUCAAAUAAUCAGACACGAAGACAAUUUAAGAACCGAAGGUGAAUUUAUUGACACAAGAAGAGAUGAUUUCAAGGUCACCAAAGGCGAAAGAGCUGAAGUCAUCAUACGUCAAGACAAUCUGAAAAUGGAGGGUGAAUUUAAUGCGUACAGCAAAAAAGAUGAGUUCAGCACACACACUGAACGAACAGAAGUUAUCCGCCACGAAGAUAAUUUGAAAAUGGAAGGCGAUUUCGAAAGACCGACUCCUACUAGAGUAGGCCCUGGUGAAAGACGCAGCCCAAUCAAACAUGAUGACAAUCUAAAACCUGAAGGUGUCUUUGAAAGACCAGAUAAACCAGGCUACAAACCUGCAGAACGUGUCACACCUAAAAAGCCUCAGGAUAAUUUGAAGCCAGAAGGUGACUUUGAACGACCCAGUCAUACACCUGUUGGACCAGGAGAACGUAGAACACCCAUUAGGCAUUCUGAUAAUUUACAUCCAGAAGGUGACUUUGAUAGGCCUCACAGACCUGGAUACCAACCAGCCGAAAGGCCAACACCCAAGAAGCCUCAGGAUAAUUUAAGGCCUGAAGGUGACUUUGAAAGACCGAGUCAUACACCAGUGGGACCUGGAGAACGUAGAACACCCAUUAGACAUUCUGAUAAUCUACAUCCAGAAGGCGAUUUCGAUAGACCUCAUAGACCAGGAUAUCAACCAGCAGAAAGGCAAACACCUAAGAAGCCUCAGGAUAAUUUAAGGCCUGAAGGUGAAUUCGAACGACCCAGUCACACUCAUGUUGGACCAGGAGAACGUAGAACACCAAUUAAGCCUUCUGAUAAUCUACAUCCAGAAGGUGACUUCGAUAGACCUCACAGACCUGGAUACCAACCUUCUGAAAGGCCUACACCUAAAAAACCUCAGGACAAUUUAAGGCCUGAAGGUGAUUUUGAACGACCCAGUCACACACCAGUGGGACCUGGAGAACGUAGAACACCCAUUAGACAUUCUGAUAAUCUACAUCCAGAAGGCGAUUUUGAAAGGCCUCAUAAGCCUGGGUACCAACCGGGUGAACGUCCGACUGCAAAAAGACCGCAAGACAAUUUAAGACCAGAAGGAGCAUUUGAAACUCCAGAAAAACCAAAAUAUGGACCUGGCGAACGUGCAGAGAUUGUCAAGCAUCCAGACAAUCUUAAGAUUACUGGUGAUUUCCAAGACACCACUGUAUCGAAGAGUCAAUAUACAGUUGUACGUGGCGAAAGGGCUGAAAUUAAAAAACACGAAGAUCAUUUGAAAGUUGGCAGUGGCAAAAUGGAAACUGUUACAACUAGCAAACAAACAUUUGAGAAGACUCCUAUUAGGAAAACUCCUGAAAGGAAUGUGGUCGAUAAGAGACGUCAUAUGGAGUCUCAUUUUACACUUGGAGACGAUAAAUCAGUCAUGCAAACAACCAAUCAAACUAAUUACAAUACAUACACUAAAAAAGUAGACAAAGUCGUUGAAAAUAUUGAUAAACAAAUAGUCGAUAAACGCGUAAGAAAUGUGGUUGAUCAUGUAGACAAAAAGGUAACUAAAGUUGUUAAUGUUGACAAUAAACGCGUUGUUAAUGUUGAAAACGUAGACAAACGUGUGGUUGAUAAGAAAGUUGUUAUAUCAAACGGAGAUGUUGUUGAUAGAUCAGCAAAACAAGAAGUCAACGUAUCUUCCGACGUAAAAACUUUAGCCGAUGGUACUAUUGUUAAAACAACCCGUACUGUUACAAGAAACACUGGACAAGCUCACAACGAAAUUCGCAAAUCUUCAUCUCAAACUCACAUGCAACAAUCAAGUAGUCAACACACUGAAAACAAAAGUACCACAAAUCAAGUGAGACAAAAUAACAUAAUCAAUUCUUCCAGUCAAACAAACAUAACCAAUAAUCAAUCGCAUCAUCACAGAAAAAGCACAGUAAGUUCUGAAGAAAUAAACAAUCAAAUUCUUCACCGUAAAGGCCUUCACACAUCAACCGAAGCUUUGCAUGCUACAAGUGCUUCAGCUUUAGACAUGAGAAAAUCUGUGUGCAAUAUCCACGAUCAAGGACGUACAGUUGUCAAUACAGAUAGGCACAGUUUAAGUGCAAUGCACCGGUCGCACCAAGAAGCAAAUAAUGCCAAUAGGCGUAGUCUACAAUCUACAACAUACCAAGUGGUUGAAAGACCUCAGAAGAUUGUACGUAAAGAUAAUCUUGCAGUGGGUGGUCACUUCUAUGGUCAAUCUGAAGCUAAGUCUUAUGGGGAGUUUACUAAGCAACAAAAUAUUCAAAAAGUUGAAAGAAUCACUAGACGUUCCAAUGUUUCAAACAUCACAUUAGGUGAUAGCAAUGUGCACGUUGUCACGUCGUAUAAGAAGGAGUAUGCUCCUAGAAAUGUGGGUCCUUGUCCUGCUGUACUAGUGGACACACCUAAAGGACCAUUUAAACAUACCAGAGAUACUAAGUCUCACAAAUUUUAUAUGCCUAUUACUGCCAAAAUUGGUAGCAAGUAAUACCAAGCCUAUAAAAUUGUUGAUUUAUUAAUCAUUCCCAAUUUAUUAUGUUUAGUUUUAGUUUAUUAUUAUUAGACUGUUAUUAACAUUUAUAUUCUAACAUUGUGAUAUACAUUUUGUUACUGUUAAUAUAUUUUUUUUCUAAUUGUUUAUUAACUUAAUCGCAAUAAUUUAAUUAUUAUUUACCUAUUGCUUACGGUAUCUGGGUUUUAUACUUAAAAAUAUAAUUUUUAUAUUGCUUGCCAAGCUUGUUCUGUAUUCAGUGUAAAACCCAAUAAAAAUUAUAUUUAUCUAUUUUUUUUUGGUUAUUUAUUUAUUUUAUUUCCUUUUGUCUAUUUGAUUUUGGAUUUUUUUGAUCUCCGCCCCAAAGGUACUCUUGUUAAAAUAAAAGUAAAUGUUUGGGGUACUUGCAACAUUUAGGUUAUCGAUGUAAGCACCAUCGAAUAGGGAAACUUAUUGCGUGCGGUGUACAAGGAUUUGUAAAUAAGUAAAUAAUCUUAAUAAAGACUUAAUUUUUUUUGUAAAA